UUCCUUCCUCUCCAAAGGGUUUUUUUUUUAUAAAAUCAAUUAUAUUUGCCCCCCUCCCAUUCCUCCCCUCCCCACUACUCUUCUUCUUCUUCCGCCGCCGAACCCCUCGAAGGAAGAUCCCGUCUUUAUGUUGUGCUGCCCGGAGAGACCCCUGAAGUCUUCCCGUCCUUUGUUUCUCCGCUUCUUUUUUAAAUGUAUAACUUGAUGGGUCUCAACAGCACAACCGGAGCCAGCCAGCCCAAUGUCUCCUGUACAUGCAACUGCAAACGGUCUUUGUUUCAGAGUAUGGAGAUCAGUAAGUACUUCUUUCCCAUUCUGUAUCUCUUUCUGUAUUUGCAUGUGUGCAAAACUCUCCCUUCUGUCGCCUUGUUUGGGGCCGGAGAGAGAAACGGCGUCUCGGGCUCUCCUCGCUCGCCUUUGCUGGGUUCCCAAACGCGGCGCCUUCUCUGGGCUUUGGGCGAUUAUUUCAUUUCGCGCUGCAAAAAAAAUCGAAGGGUUGGGUUGUUGUGUUUUUUGAAAACAAGAUAUUUUAAGACUUGCGGGUAUGUUCUGUUUCCCCACUUAGUGUGUGUGUUCGGGUGCCCCAAAGUUUUAUUUUCCUUUAUUCAAUUGCAAAAAAAAGGAAAAGAAAUCCCCCCCCCCGUAACGUGCCCCCCUGCACAAUUUUCCAGCUUCCCAAAAAUGCGAUUUGGAGACCCUCUCCCAGGGACCUCAAAAGAGUUGCUUUCUCGAGUCCCGGAGUUCGCUGGCUUUUGGCUUCUUUUCUCCCGGAUCUGAACUUCAACUCGACAUCUUUUCCUCCCGUCUUAACGUUGCCCUUCUCCUUUGGCCGGCGGCGGGGCGGGACGGUGCGCGGCUCCAGGGGAGGGGAAGGGGACGCCGGCUGGAUGGGGUGAGGCGGGAGGUGGGCGGCGAGAGACCCGAAAGGAGACCCGGGGGGGAGUCGUUGCAAUAUUGAUCCGCGCGUUCCGCGUGCGUAAAGCCCACCUCCGGAGUGGUGCGGGCGGCGGAGCAGCCUCUUCUCCGGCUUUGGCGAGGGCGGCGCGGCCGGGUCUCCCCUUCGGAGAGAGGCGAAGGGGGCCGGGGAGGAGCGAAGUGGCCGCGCGAUCCCAGCCAGUGAGCUCCAUCGCCCCUAGGAGCUUUUGUCUGCUUCCUAAGCCAGACGGUGAAACAGCCUGUUCAGGCUAUUUAAAGCACAUGCUCGGCUGGAGAAUCCAGCGAGCAACCCCGGGAGCCCUUUCCUCCCAGAACAACACACCGACGCGCUCCGCUUUCUUAUGACCGCCGUGGCUGCCCUGCGGUUUAUUGCCCUGCUGCAAUCCGCUGCAGAUCGGGACCCCUUUUCUCUCCCCCCCACAAGCAAUCACACACACGCUCCUCACAUCCCCGAUUCUCUUCUCCAACCCCCCUAAGCUUUGAGCCCGUUUCCUUCCUCCGGUUGCAUUUGUGCAUUUGGCACCCGCCUUUUGCAACGAUUCGGAAGGCUCUUUCGGGAGACCCUUUGAAAAGGAAGGAAGGAAAAACAAGAUUAGACCGUAUCAUAAUGGAGGGCCGGUCAAAGCGGCUGAGCAUUGUGGCUAAAUAGAGCUUCCGUGUCGAGUAGCAGUCUACCUCUGGCUACCAGGUGCUUGUGUUCUGCAUGCGAGUUUGCCAGAGAGAGGGUAACUGUACGUGGUUGGAAACAGAAUACUGGGGAAGGGGGGUGUUGUUUAAGAUGGACCUUUUUGGUCUGAUCCAGCAGGACGCAGAACUCUCAUAUACCGGUUCCGGCUCCAAAAUGUUUAAUCGGCUGCUGUGAUGCCUUUUGAACCACAGCAGAGGACGGUGGUGAAUUAGCAACGGUGCAGCGGCACACCCCACCAUGAAAUUACAGGAUAAUAGUUCAGCAAUUAAGUUGUCUCAUCACCUAGUCCUGUGUGUGUGUGUGUGUGUGUGUGUGUGUGUGUGUGUGUCUGUCUGUGUGGUAAGAAUGCAAAUGUUAUGUCCAGCGAACUAGAAUUUGUGCCUAUAAAUAGUAAUCGCUAGGUCUGAGAAGUAGAUUACAGCUCUGUCUAGCCUUUAGAAAGGGUAAGUCAGACAAAGUUGCCUCCCCCCCCCACUCCCUGAGUGUCUCUGUCUAUAAAGUGCCUAUAAAGCUGGCUAACUAAAUGUGUUGUCUAAGAACUUGUGAUACCAAAUGAAAUAGCAUGAUUUCUGCCCCUGUAUUUAUGGACUAGGUACCUUAAAGUAUCUCACAGAGAGAGAGAGAGAUGGCAGUUUUCAAAAGAAUCUUUUUAUUACGUGCCUGGGUGGGAGAAACCAACUAAAUCACUAAGCAGUAAAAUACAGUCUGGGAUUGUCCUUACCAUUCUACAAUGUUACACUCAAGAGCUAAACUCUAAUGUUGGGAGACGCCGGGGUCCGGAAUAUUUUUGACAGUUCCACUUUUGUGAUGAUUACCACCUCCCCCUCUGUUGUUGUUGUUUUUUGGCAAGUGUUUGUUUUUUAAAAAAAAUAUAUUGCAGAACUUGUUCAAAAGAUCCAAGCAGCACAUAAUCCUGAUAUCCUCAUUACUGGUGAAUGUGCCUGUGCCCUUGGUGGUAAGCUAGCUAGACUCCUAGACAGAGCAGGUUCAUUUUCCUAAUAAUAAUUGUGGGAGUGGUCUUUCUCCUCCUAUUGGAGGUGUAGGCUGAAACGGUUUCCGUAAAUUAAAAAGAUCAAUGUCCAUAGAAAAUUUGAUUAUCUCUCUUAAUACCACAGCAAUUAAGAUGGAUUCUCCACCGCCCACCUCCCAAAUCUCAUUCCUGAUCUUUAAACUGGGGGUUUGGACUAUUCACCUGCUGGAAAAUUCCCAGCUCAUAAAAAGAUAUGUGUGGGACUUAAGUCUACUGUGUAACAGGAUGCCAGAUCCCCAUGUCCCUCAAUGCAUGGUUUCUUCUUCUUUCUGUCUCAAAUUCAUCACUUUUAUUUUCAGUCCCUUACUCUCUCAGCUAAUCAGCCAUAAUGAUGUUUUGGCUGACAUGGAGGCAGUCUUGUUAAUUUAGUUGUCUGCUGCUCCAAAUAGAGUUCAUUUCUCACCUCUGAAGUAGUGAUACUCAGAGCAAUUUGACCUGCAAGGGUUAGCAUCAGUACUAACUGCAUUCAAAAUACAAAAUAUAUACAUUCUUUAGUUCUUUAGAGGCCAAAGUGAAACGAGGAAGGGAAUAUCCCAGGAAACUUAUUUUGAUGGGCAGUUUCUUUAAAAACGUUUUGUAGGAAUUAAAUCACCUGUGACAUUUUCUCCUUUUUGUUGUUUGUCACUAACCCUAGUCUGGCUCAAAAGGAAAAGUCUUAUUUUAAAAACUUAUCAUGUUCUAUCUAGAUAUUCAGACUGUUCAGAAACCCGACAGUUCUAUGUGUUAUGGAUUUAUUUAUUUUUUAGGGCUAGAAUCUGCUUUAAUUUUAAACUGUAUGGGACUUUGCCUCUGGGAGUUAUUGGCAAAAUAUAAGUGGGCUGCAAUUUGCACAUACUGUAUUCCAUGCUUGCUUGGGAGUAAGCCCCAUCAAAAUCAUUUGGACCUACUUCCAAGUAUCUUGCAUCAAUCUUAAAAUCUUGUAAAGCAUGUUACAGUGGUCAGGCUAUGGUCUUCCUAACAAAGCAAAUUUCCAUUUUUAUAACAAAACAUACAGCUGUAUGGAAGGUAAUGGGACCACUACCUAUUAACGCCAAUAUAUUAGAAUACCUGGCUUUUUCUGCUAUUUCUGGGCCCCUAACAGCAGCAUAUACUACUUAAGAGUUUAACUGAUUAGGUCUGAAAAUUCUUCAGCUAUAUUUUGCUAUUUUGAGAAACCUGGCAUGCUUCUCUGCACUUGGAACUCAAACAGGACUUAAACAUUGAUUCCAUAUAAAACCAAACAUUCAUAUAUUUUAGUACAAAGCUGAUUUGCCUGGUUAUCCUAACAUUAUUAUUACUGAAUCUAAUCUAUCUUGAUUUGAGCAAACUCCAUACUGCAGAUAAUAUGGGUAGUUUUUUGUGAUUCUCUCAUUUGACACAAAAAAUGAAUGGACUACCAAACCCAUCUUCCCCACCCUACAUCUGAGAAAGUAAAACUUUUUUUUUCACUUGAUAGGCACUGGAAAAAGUAAAGAAAUUGGUAUAACAAAAAAAGGGGAGGGAUAAGUAUCUGCUCUCAACAUUCUGCUGGAAGAGAAAGUCUCCUAUGACACACAGGAAAAGUUUCCUGUUUGGAACAAUUUGUUCUCUUUCAAAUGAUUCCUUGGCACUUUGAAGAUAGAGCUCAGUUUACAAUGUUAUUCAAUAUAUGAAUUUUCAAUAUUCCUUUUGCUUUUUGUAGUGGUGAAUUAGUCUGUGGGUAAACAGCUAUGAAUAAUGAGGUAGGGAUCCGUUAAGGAGUGUCUGCUUUACUCAACAGUACUAUGCACUUACUUGAGAGUAAGCCCUUUGAAUAACUAGCGGGACCUGUGGGGAAUAAAAGUUCAUAGAGUUGAGCUGCACAUUGGCUCUCUUAAGAAGAGUGCAACCACUUACUCGCAAGUGAGCCUCAUUGACUUCAAUGGGACAUACUCCCAGGUAACUAUGAACAAGAAGCACUGCCUGCUUCUAACACAGCUUGCUAAAUCACAAUGACGUUAUCAUCUGAUAUUGUGGAACCCAAGCUAUUAAAAACUUUUAACUCUUCUUGAACUAGUGAUUAAUGUGAUAUGUCUCUUUAGGGACUGAAAUACCUACCCCAGGAGAGGAUUUUUGUACCUGUAGUCUUCCACCUGUUCAAUGUUUGAAUGCAUGUAGUCAUUUUUCUUUUACCCCAGAUCAAUUAAUCUAAAAUACUCCUACACCCAGGUUUCUUAUCCCACCUCGAAGGAGAAUUAAAACCCCUUUCCCACUCUUAGGCAUUCAUUCGAAAGAGUAGUGAAAAGGCUAUUUGAUUCCUUGUAAAGCUAAGAGCCCAAGUGUGUUAAGAGGUAACUGAGCCACGCUGAAUAAUCCUGGGCAUGAAUUAUCUAGCUGCAAGCACAUUUCGAUGAGAUGCUGACCUGUAAUUCUGCAAACUGAUGGAAGGUGGAGGAUUCCACAAUGGGAAAUGAAAUACUCUUUUUAAAAUGCUCAUCUUUACUGUAUAUGCAUGUUAAUCCACACUUAGGUUAAUUUUGAAGAUUUGGGGGGAUCUUUGCCUACAAGAUCUGAUUUGAAAUAGAGGAGGAACUCGGUUCCUGCACUUCAGCCCUGGAUUAGGAUUACAGAGUGUCUGUUUUCUGCCUUCCUCUCUCUCCUCUCCCCCCCCCCGCUCCCCCUCUUCCAAGUUCAAAGUCUUGACUAUUCUGACCCACCGUAGCAACCAUUCACCGUGACACUCUCUUUGAGACAGCCAGACAUCCCCGAUGUGGUCCUAAUCAGUCAGACGGAGUGAAAUGAGGUCAAGGGAGAUCGCACUGUUGGCUGCGUUUUGUAAAUAACAAAUCAUUCGGAUCGGCAGAGUAAUGUCGCACUCUUCAUUCAUCUGCUGCGAUCAUUUCUAUAAAACAGUUAAUUCUGCUUGGUGUUGUCAAUGGGUUUGUUUUCCCGGGGGUUAAAGAAGCGUGUGUGUUGUUGAAAGGUAGUUUGUGAGGCCUGGGUAAAGCAGAGCUGCAAAUCCGUAACAAUUUAGCCUUCCUGCAUUCUGCCUCGGUUUCUCUGGGCGGUAUUGGAGACUUCUGACCUUUUUAAGUUCAUCAGGUUUUGGUAACAGGUGGUCCUGUCUGUCUGGGUACCCCAAUGUGAUGUUGUCUAAGGAUACUGGGGGAUGGGGAGGCAUCCUAUACUCUUUAUGUGCUGCUGUAAUGUUUGCAGGCGUAAAUUCAGAAGAAUUAAAUGACAGUGCUCAUGGUAUAAAGCAGGGAUGAAGGAACCUUUGGCUCUGCAGAUACUGGACUCCAUCUCCCAUCAGCCCCUGCCAGCUUGGCCAAUUGCCAGGGGUGAUGGGAGUUGUAGUUGAGCAACAUCCAAAGGACCACAGCUUCCCCACCCCUGGCAUAAAUGAACUAACCGUAUCCCCAACUGUUGUCUCCAUUCAUACUUUCCCCAUUUCAUUAUAGCUGCUUGCCUUUAGUAACUUAGGGAUAUUACACUAGAAGCAUACAGCCAAAUAACUGGAUGACUGGUCCAAAACAGAAGUGAAAUUCAGUUUUGCCCUUUGCCUUCCGCAUCCCAAAAGUACUUGCACUCCCUUGCGUUUUGGCCUCAUCAGGGUUGCCAGGACACCAUGCCACAGUGAUAGGAGAUGCUCAAAUGGUACAAUUUCCUUCUCAGGUCUAGACAGGAGACCUGCUAUGUUCCCCACAGUCCUCGGCCUCUUUUUGCCUACUCACAUCCUUCAUAUAAGUAAUAUACACAGCUCCAAUUCUAUUUUCAUCUGAGCUCUUCCUUUUUUAAGUUCCAUGUUACCGCCACUCCUUGCUUUCUCUGGUUCCUGCUUUUCAAAGCAUUCUUUCCAUUGUCCAAUUUCCUUUAGCUGCUCUGUCUCUUACCCAGCCUCCCUAACACUCCUCUUCCUCUCUUGCUCACAAUAUAAGGCCCCUCCUGACUGUAAGCAUUCUGACAUCCCUUCAGAGCUCCCUCUCUGCCUCCCCCUUUAAAAGUCCCGUUUCUCCUCUAUUCUGCAGACUUCCUUCUUCAUUGACCCUCCUUUCUCAUCUCUGACCUCUAUCUCCCUUGGCUUUUCUGUGUCCUGGGACCUCUUCCCGGUCUUCUACCCCACGAGGUUUUAACCUAAAAUGACAAUGUUCCCUUCUCUCACAGAAGCUGGAGUACAACUGGUUCAGUUUCAAGAGCAACUGAACAUGCCAUGUAGCUUCACCAGCUCAGCCUUUUGGUGCUGGAAGCUUCACCACCACAAACACAAUAGAAUAUAAAUAGUUUCUCUUAAUAGAGUAGGGAGAAUACAAUCUCUAACAUUGUUGUCUUGUUGACUCUUUCCAAAAUCUCAGGAAGCAAACCAUAUACAGUAUAUAUAUAUAUAUAGCAGAUAGCAAUUCUAUUCUGACAACCAUUCUGCAUUUAGUGAAUGCAUGAGGGUCAAUCCCAAUAGCUUGAUUUAAUUAAAGAGGAGGAUCCAGGGCUCAGUUCCCUGACAUGUGGACAUGGGUGGUGAUGCAUGUUUAGAAGUACAUGUUGAUUGUGUUCACACACUAGGGAGUUAUUUUAAAUGGAGCCUGAAUAAGCAGUUCAUGUAAUUCAUUGGCCUCAUUUAGACAUAACUGUGGCUUAGCAAUACAUGAAUAAGCCACCUUCUCCUGAUAUGGCCGUGAGAGGGAGAUCAGAAACUUCCGUUUUAACUAACUGCAGUUUAGUGUUACAACUGAACCUAGGCAAACUGUGGUUAGUCUUGGCUUUAGUUUAGUCAAACAACCAAACUUCAAACCGUAGUUUAUGAAGCUGGCUUGUUUCAAUAAACUGGGUGUGGUUAAUAUGUGCCUUUCCAAAAGGUAUUGGACCACAGCUCUCAUCAUCUCUAACCAUUGGUCACGCCUAACUAUAGUUUAGGCCAUACUGGAUCACAGCCUCAGAUGCAGUGCUAAAGUUCGGCCAAUUGAAAGUGGAAGCGAAAGCUUCCUAUCUCUGUCUCUGUAGCCACACAGAUGGAAAGAAGGGGGGGGGGAGUGCCCUCUGUUCAUUCAGUUAGGCUAAACCAUAGUUUAGCAUUAUGUCAUAACAAGGCCAGUGACAUUACUGGGUUACGUGAACUGCUUUGGCAUUUAGCGUUGUGUCCAAAUUAGGCUAUUGUGUUUCAGAGCAAAGCCUUACAGCUUCUCAAGGUCUUUUCUGAGCCCUGACUACAUACAUAGAGUUGUGCUUAGGGUAUUCUGUGUUGCUUGUAAUAUCCUGAGAUAGCUGUUCUGGAGCAGAUGCACAUCAGCAGCUUUUCUGUGGCCAAAUAUUAAUUUCUUCCUCAAGACCUCAAGCAAUGUCUUUAUACCUUUGCACUCUCUCUCUUCAACUGUGCUUGCUGUUUUGAUUAGCAGGAAGUUGAAGGAUUGCUAACCUGAGGGACCUGUCUAGGUGAAUAGGCCCAGGGUGCUUUUUAGAGAGAGCACCGUACAUUAAAUUCCCCUUGAUACACAUGUGCCUAUAGUGGUAGAUCUUCAGUGGGUUCCUGAACAUAUAUGUAGUAUAUAUUGAAGAGACUCAUGAAUUGCUAGCUAGUUGAUAGCAGUUCAGGCUCCACUGAAAUCUGUGGGGAUCUGCUAUGGGCUACAAUGGGGUCAGAAACAAAUCCCAUACCAGAUAUUAGCAGUGUGGAAGUAAAAAACAAGUCAAUAUUGCUGAAAACAACUGUAUCAAAGAACAGCCUGUGCCACAAAUACUCAUUCAGGCAAAAAGAAGAAGAAAUCCUUAUUACAGAUUUUCAACUUCUAGGAUGAGAUUGAUCUGCAGCAGACCGAUAGUACAACUUUCAGUCUUUGAUUUGUCUCCUAACUUGCUUAAAGCGUUCCAAAUUUAAAUCCUGCUCAUUGGACUUGGACUAAGUCAUUUCUGGAAAUGAGACACUGGGCCAGAGACACUGGGAUUGAUUCUGAUGGGCUUUUGUGGGACAGCUCAGAACAACCAAAGAGGAAUACAGCCAUUUAUCGGGGUGGGCGAUACCCAAAUUUGCAUAUACAUGGGGGAACUGGUGCUGCCAUGCUCUGUAUGCAUCAGAGAUUAGGAAUAGCACAUAGCAGGGACGUGUCGAAAUGCUUUUCACUGCAGUCGACAGUACAUCUGACCAGCAUCACGCAUGGUCACGAGUACAGCCUGGUAGGUUAUCAGUUGUUGGGCAAAUGGUAAGCUAUACUUCUUAUCCAAGUUGUGGUUUUAGAUAGGGAUAGGGUUGUCUCAAAAGAUUAACCCAACAGUGAAAUAGUUGUGCUUUGGAAUAACCCACUGAUUUAGAGCUGGAAAUGAAGCCAAGUUAGUUUAUCGGACUGAGGCUGAGCUUAGUAACCGACCACCACCAUCAAAGUUCUUGGUUUUCUUUCUAUCUCUUUGUUCAGUGUUCUGUCCCUAUUUUGUUCUGGUUGUGCUUCUCUGAAAGGCACAUGUACCUCUGGCCUUCAGAAUGGAACAUAGCCUGACUUGGUAUAUAUUUAUCCAUUUAGCCUAUUAUUGUCUAUCUUGACCAGCAACAGCUCCAGCGCCUUCCUUUCAUGCUACCUGGUGUACCUGUUACCGGGUUCCUUCCUGUUCCAAGAAUCUUCUGAGUUCCUUCUGCCCUGCUUGACCAUUGCAUAAUUUUUCACCUACAUCAGGAGCACAACUCCCUUUUGGUUCACCUGCAUCAGAAUUCAGGGUCAGUUCCCACUUCUGUCAUAAAAAGGAAUCCCAUUCCCUUGCAGUAUUGCCGGGGCACCUUGUGCUUUGUUUCUAUGGCUUCUCAAGGGCGGUAGUUUGUAUGUUGCUGUUACUGAUGUUACAUUGUGCAGCACUCACACAUAUUUCGGCAUGCAACCUCGUCGCUUGAUGAUUGCAACAAGUAGGGACGGCUUACAUGUGUAGACAUCUGUCAGUGACGAAACAUGACAAGCUGAGCAUCCGUACAUCACCUCGGGCCAAACGCCUUUCCAGUAGAGGCAUCUUGCAUAGUUAACUGCAGUGUAUAGCACUGAGUAAUCAAAAGGCAUCAGGAAGCAUGCACUUCUGUCAACCAAUCAACUUUUAUCACACAGUUAAGAGACCUUCUAGGUACAUGUAUGUGUGAGUCAAGCCUAAGGCUACUUUGGUUGAAAAUGGUUUGGAUAGCUCUUUGAUUAGUACUUUGGUUCUAAACACCUUUAUAUGCAUUUCCCAUGACACACUGUAAAGUUAAGGUGUUAGUAUGAGUGUGCCUGCAGAUUUGCAGAAUGUAUGAUUGAUAAAGAAUGGUAAUGCAGGUUUUUGUAAUUACCCCAGUCUGCCUUCUAGGUUGAUACCCUUUUGAACAUUGUGAUGUUUACAUAAGAACAGGACCUGGGCACAAGAUCAUUCUCCCCUCCUAGGUUUUCCAGCAACUGGUACAGGCAGCGACUGUUUUAGGCGUGUCCGAUGUGUGUACAACUGCUCACACGCUCAUCACACCAAACCCAGAAGUGACCCGGAAACAUCCCAAAAAUGGGCGGAGCAAGGUGGGGUGGAAUGGGGUGUUUGCAGGCUUUUUCAGUGGUGUUUUAAAUAUACACAAAUAUAUAUUUGUAUAAUGGCAUUACGGUAUCCGCAGUUUAAUUUAUUGGUAGCGUUCUAUGGGGGGGGAGGGGGGAGUGUAUUCAGCCCUGUCCCCCUGUCACUAUCACCUUCUAUGAAUGUCUGGACUGGGGUGGGGGGUGAAAGUCUGAAGCAGGGGACGUCUUGUACUCCUGGUGGGACCCUGCACGUUUUGGAUCUCUGGAAGAUCCGUUUUCAAAAUCACACAGGAGCCUCCACGUAAAUGAGGCUCCCUGUUUCAGAAACUUCUUCAACUUGCGGAGGUUCACGGAAACAGAAGUUUAGCAAAGUCAUCCCCGCUUUCCUCUAUAUGACUCAUGUAGGGAAUGGAUGCUUGAAGAGGUCUACUGUCUGCUAUGAACAUUAAGUGUAAUGGUUGCUUGUCAUUGUAAUUUAGUUUCUUGGACAAUGUUAUUGGUUGGAAUAAGCCUUCUGGGUGUGAAUACUGUUAACAUUUAGAAGCUAAGACAGCAGUUUACAGGGCAACUUUACAGGUUACAGGUUAAAAUUUAGAAGCUAAGACAGCAGCUUACAGGGCAAGUUUUUCCCCCCUUCUCUUUUUAAGGAUUGGUUUCCCCCCAGUAAUUGCACUUACUUGUGAAAUAUUCCUUAAUAGCACAAGGGCAGAAGUUUUAGGAUUCUGUUCCAUGGAGUCAUCUUGACAUUAUGCUUUGUGAGCUAAAUUGCCUCUGGCCAGGUUGCAGAAUUGGUUAACAAGGAUUUCUUUUCAGUGGAAAAAGAACCAUUGGACUAUGUGUGUGCUCACAUGAGUUGUGUGUAUAUUGGGUUUUUCUUUUCUGUUCUGUUUAAAAACAACACUGUGAUUUUAACUGGCUUACAGCACAAUCUAAACCCAAGAUCCACCAGGAAGAGAGAGUUUGAAUUUGGAAGUUCUUGGGUUAUCAUGGUUGAGCCAGGACUAGGUGGGCAUAAGUCCCUCAGCCUAUAGCCCAGGCCUCAAAACUUGAACCUACAAUCACUUGCCAUUUCAGCCAGCCGUAGCCUCUCCCAGAGGUUCCUGAACAGAGUUUGGAACAGGGCAAGUUACACCAGUGUAAACCAUGCUGGCCUAAGUUACUUUGGCAUCUUAAUACUAGGAUCACUGUGUUAGUUGCUUACAUGGCCCUAAGUCACUCUUGCUUUCCACAGAGAUAACCGCAGCUGUGGGGCAAGAGAAAACUAGUUCACAGGCGUGAGACAAGGAAGGAGCACACUCAAGACAUGUUUCCAGAAACAGCACUUGAAUGUUCUAUACGGUCUAGGAAGAAAUAUGUACAUGGCCAAUAUAAGAAGUGUGAAGCAUUCCCAGAACAACAGCUAACAGUCGCAUUGGUGCGAUCUUCUCUGGUCCAACUUAUUAAAAAGUUUCCUCUGUGUCAUUUUAUUUGUGAUGGCCAGUUCACAGAGGAAAGUGGUCACUUCAUGCUGCAGCCAGCAGGUGAUGUGCAAGGUGCAACAGGAGUGUUACCUUGCUGAAAGGUAUCCAAAUCUCCUGCAACAACCAAGGGAGCAUUUACUGCAUGCUGAAAAGUCCCCAUCAAGUUGUUCUAAGACUUUGGAACAAGACCCGGUGCGAGGCCUCAUAUGUAUUUAGCAUAUGGGCAAUCGAAAUUAGGGGGCUUUUGAUUGCAAUACCCACUCUUCUCCCUGCUGUUCUCUGGACAUGGAAGUUUUGCAUUGUUGUCAUGAGGAAUAAGCAUUCGUUUGCCUAUCUCUUUAUAGAGCCAUCCAGGCAAAUGGCUGUCCCAUCACAUCUUGUGGCAGUGAAUCCUGCAAGUUAAUCACACAUUGCACAAAAGCACUUCGUCUCUUUUGCCUUUGGUCAUCCAUUUCACUGUAUGGCCCUUAUGCUCUGGUAUUGUGAAGGAAGGAAGGAAGGAAGGAAGGAAGGAAGGAAGGAAGGAAGGAAGGAAACCAUAAACCCUCUUCCCACUUUCGCUACAAUCUACACCAUGCCUGAUUUUAUAAACCUAUAUAAUGCAUCUCUGCGCGGGUGGCACUAUGGUCUAAACCACAGAGCCUAGGAUUUGCCAAUCAGAAGGUCGGCGGUUCAAAUCCCUGCAACGGAGUGAGCUUCCAUUGCUCGGUCCCAGCUCCUGCCCACCUAGCAGUUCAAAAGCACACCAGUGCAAGGAGAUGAAUAGGUACCGCUCUGGCGGGAAGGUAAAUGGCUCUGGUUCGCCAGAAGCGGCUUAGUCAUGCCUGCUACAUGACCCGGAAAAACUGUCUGCAGACAAACGCCGGCUCCCUCGGCCUAUAGAGCGAGAUGAGCGCGCAACCCCAGAGUCGUCCACGACUGGACCUAACGGACAGGGGUACCUUUACCUUUAUAACGCAUCUCUAACCAAACACUCAAAAUGCUUUAGCCUUUCUUUGCAUAGGGAAGAUGCUCCCGCCCCCCUUGAUUAUCUUGGUUGCCCUCCUCUGCAUCCCAGCUGUUUGAGAUGGGGCAACCAGAACUGUGUGCCCCUGAAUCACUCCAGCAACCCUAGUCAACAGAUUUGCUCUGCUACCUCCUGCCCCAACACACACAUGAUUUCUAGUAAUAAAUCUGCAGCUCAUGAAUCAACUCUGAUUAGCAUUGUGCAAAGAGCAUGAGUAAUUUCUUUGUUCUCUCCCCCCCCCUUUUCUUUUAUAAAACUUUGUGAUUGCUGUCUGCAGAAGGCCAAAGGUAUGGCCUUAUGGAAAGCAUGAUUCAUUUAUUGGUUUGUCUGUCGACUAGUUAUCUUUCAGUAAUUCCAGAAAGCUGCUACUAGCCAAGAAUGAAUCAUACAUGGCUGAGUGCACUAACAAACGGGGUCAUGAUCAUCUGCAGAAACUUUUGAAAUCUAUUUAUGGUGCCGGGGAAAGAGGUGGGCGUAUGAAUGAUGAUGGAAGAGGUGCCAAUUACCCUUACAAAUAAACCAGUUAGGUAAUGCCAACCGUUACAUAAAUCUCUUUUUAUGCAUGUUGGUAGUGAUCUCUGGAAGGAUAACUUUCAAAUGUGAUUGUAUCUACUUGAUGUAUCUUUCCAAAGUGCUUUUGAUUAAUUUCCUUUGUUGGAGAAUAGCUAAAUUUCUAGCUUCAUUGUGCCCACAGGGCCUGAGUCUGCUAACUGAGACCUUCCGUUCAUAUUCCAUACGAAAGACACACAUUAACUGUUGGGAACUCAGAUAUAUAAGCUAGUCACCAACUGCCAACUUAAACCUAGCUUACGGUCGCCACAAGGGAAUGUCCAGGAGCCAUUUUUCCCAGCGAAUUUUAUUUUUCUUCGUUUCAUUUAUAUGCCAAUUUAUAUCCAGAAUAGAACAAAUUCGAGCUUCAAGGAAAAUAUUUCAGAUCCUUCUCUAAAUGAUACUUUGCUUUCCCCAUAUUUAUUUACCUACUUAAUUUUUAUAGCUGCCCGAUAGCAGAAGUAUGUUAGGAAGCCAGUGUGGUGUAGUGGUUAGAGUGUUGGACUAGGACCUGGGAGAGCAGGGUUCAAAUCCCCACCCAGUCAUGAAGGUCACUGAGUGAUCUUGGGCCAGUCGCAGCUUCUAACCUACCUCACAAGAUCAUUGUAGGGAUUACCUGGGGGGGGGUGAACCAUGUACCCUUUGGGGAAAGGGUGUGAUAUAAAUACAAUAAAUAGGCCCUUCUACUUACCUGCUUAACAAAGCUGAUGGGGCCAACAAGAUGGAGAUUUCAGUUUCCCGCUUGGCAUCCAGAGAUCUCCAUGUGGUCACAGUUGGACGCUUGUCAGUCACACGACUCGCCUGGCUAAUUUUAACCGUAUCAGGGGCAGAAAGAACUGUGAAAGUGUAAUGUUCAUACAACAAUAUGCAUCUCUAUCUUGAAGACCAAGGACUCAUUUAUGCAGGGCCCCGAGUGCACAAAAACAUCUGCCCAUGCUAUGCAGCAUUUUACUUAAAAGUGCCAUAAUCAAUAGGCCUGUUCCCAUGGCUGGUAUCCAACUAAGUUUUACUCAGAGUAGAUACACUGAAAUUAAUGGGCCUAAGUUAAUCAUGUUUAUUUUAAUGGGCUUGUUCCGUGUAGGAGUAGUACUUGGUACAACCAUAAGAGUUCCCCGCCAACAUUUCUCCGAUGAAAAUGGGAACGCCCUAUUAUUAUUAUUAUUAUUAUUCCCUGCCCAUCUCAGUGGGUUGCCCCAGCCACUCUGGGUGGUUUCCAACAUAACUGAACAUUAAACAUUAAAAAGCGGUCCCUAUACAGGACUGCCUUCAGGUAUCUUCUGAGGGUUGUAUAUUGUAUAGUUACUUAUCUCUUUGGCUUGGGACUUGCAUAUAUACUGGUGGAGCACUGCGUAAUUUUAAUGUCCUAUGUAAGAUCCUGCACACGGCAGCACUUUUCAUGCACCCAACACCUUGCAGUCUUGGAAUACACGUUGUUUGGAGUUGCUGCCAGAGUUGGAUUUUUCAUUUGGUUUCUCUCCAAAGGAAUAUGUAUGCCCUGCUGGGUUUUAAUGGGCUUUUAGGCUAGCCUACAAUUCCAAAGAAGGCAGCCGUGCCUUAGAAAUGUUAUCAUGCUAAGCAAACCCAAACAAGAUUUUGCCUUGUCAUGCCUGGUCCUACUUCCACAAUGGCCUAUGUGGCAACAGCUCUGUCUAGACGCUGUAAUUACUUUCUGUUUCUCUUUGUUUUUCUCUUGCUUACUGGAAACAGCUAGCUCAUAUACCCUUUGUAGAUCACACCUGCCUCACCGGACUGAUGUGACAAGGAAAACUUGCCCUUUGCUACUGUUGCUGUGCCAAAACUAUAUACUGUAGUGCUCUCCCAGAUGCUGUAAGCCCAUAAUUAAAACUAGUUGUGGUUCCAGCUUGUGCAAGCUCUACUGCCAUUAUUGGCCAGCUAUCAGUAUCAACCAUGAGUAAUUUUGGACUCACAGCUGUCCACGGAGGCACAGGUCAAUUCUGAGUCCAGGGCAGCUGUCUACCAGCUUCAUCUGGUACGCCGGCUGAGACCCUACCUUGCCCACACACUGUGUCUCAAGAGUGGUCCAUGCACUGGUUAUGCGCUGGUGACCUUGAAGGUGACUUGGAAACUGCAACCAAUCCUGAAUGCAGCAGGUGGACGGGUGACUAGGAGCGGCCGCCAGGACCAUAUAACACCGGUCCUGAAAGACCUACAUUGACUUCUAGUACAUUUCUAGGCACAAUUCAAAGAGUUGGUGUGGCCCUUUAAAGCCCUAAACAGCCUUGACCCUGUAUACCUGAAGGAGCAUCUCCACCCGCAUCGUUCAGCCCAGAUGCUGAGGUCCAGCUCCAAAGGCCUUCUGGCAGUCCCCUCAUUAUGAGACGUAAAGCUACAGGGAACCAGGCAGAGGGCCUUCUUGGUUGUGGCACCCACCCUGUGAAACGCCCUCCCAUCAGAUGUCAAGGAAACAGACAACGACCUGAUUUUUAGAAGACAUCUGAAAGUAGCCCUGUACAGGGAAGAUUUUAAUGUUUGAUGUUUUAUUGUAUUUCUAAUAUUCUGUAGGGCUAGGUAGAGCGACCCCUCCCCUCUGUCCAAAUAUCCUCCAGCAUGGUGGAGCAGGGUUUGUUGACCACUGUGCCACACAGUUGACUUAUUUGCUAUUAGUUGGGGAAUGCAACGUACGACACAGGGAGUGGAACGAACUAAUACUCCAGAGUGCUUGUUCCUCUUCCAUUCCUGCCACACCUGCUCCACAUUCCACGCUCCGCUGCAGAGACUAGAUGCCUGUGAAUGUCCACUAACAGUUAGUCAUGGGCCUUUGGGUUUUCUUCCAAACAUUCCUUUGGUCUGGGCUGACAGAGGCGAGGCCCUAAGCUGUGGGUGGGUUUCGCUUGAAUUUGCAGGGAAACCCUCAAUGCAGUUGGUUGUGAUGUCUUCAGCAGAGGCAGUUCUGCUAUGUUAUUUCUCCCCGCUCAGAAUAUGAUGUGGUCUUGGUUAGACUGAGCCUCCUGGAAAUCAGUGGAAUGAAGAGACACCCUUUUGAAAUACCCACCAGCACCUUCUAUGGUGCCCCCAAGUGGUCCCAGUAAAUAUCUCCCCACCCCCAAAAAAUACACAAUACAUGAGACCCCGUUGGCUCUUCCCUUGGGUAUCGGGGUGGGGGGAAGACCUGCCACUUUCCCUGGAAGAACCAUCACCCCCACCUUCCUUUCUUUUUAAAAAAUUGUAUGUUUCUGGCAGUUGAAAAAAUUGAGAUAGGAGACAAAAUGCGCAGACCCUUUUCUUCUCUGUUUUGUGAGAGACUUGCUUUGUCCCAGUUGUUUGUGCAGAGUAUUGAACACCCAUCCUUCUGUUCUGAGGUACAAGGAGCUUCUCUCUCCCCCGCCCUUCCUCCCUCUGUGUGCGCAACCAUAUAGAGGUAGGCCCCUUCCCAUUGAUGGAGGGGCCCUGCUUGCAACCAUUUUAUGGCCCUGCCUCUCCUCCCCCCCUGCUCUUCUUAGAUGUGAAAGCCAUUUUGUGUGGGGACAUGAUGUCCUGGAUUUGGGUGAGAAGAUGCUGGAGGGUAGAGGGAUGCGGGUGGUGCUGUGGGUUAAACCACAGAGCCUAGGAUUUGCCAAUCAGAAGGACGGCGAUUCGAAUCCCCGUGACGGGGUGAGCUCCCAUUGCUUGGUCCCUGAUCCAGCCCACCUAGCAGUUCAAAAGCACGUCAAAGUGCAAGUAGAUAAAUAGGUACCGCUCCGGCGGGAAGGUAAACAGCGUUUCCGUGCGCUGCUCUGGUUUGCCAGAAGCGGCUUAGUCAUGCUGGCCACAUGACCUGGAAGCUGUACGCCAGCUCCCUCGGCCAAUAAAGCGAGAUGAGCGCCGCAACACCAGAGUCAGUCACGACUGGACCUGAUGGUCAGGGGUCCCUUUACCUUUACCUUUAUGCUGGAGGGUAUGCAAAGGUAAAACUCACAUACAUCACUCCACCCACAUUGCUUCUGGUCCCAUCUGCCACCAGCAUGUGGGCCCAGAAGGGAGUGUGGCCCUCAGACUGAGAAAGUCCCGUAUAGUAGACAGACGGCAUAUUGGCAGGAACAGAUCUCCCAUCUCUUUGGUACUUGCGACUCCUUCCUUUUAAGCCGACUUCUACGUUCUGUGAAAUUAAACAUGCUCCUUGAACCCUGGCUGAUGCUGAAUGCUUAUGGUAGCAACCUUCGUGACUAGUGAAAGCCCAUUCUUUUCUUCCAUGCUGUGAGACUUUACUGCUUGGCAAGGUGCAUGUGCUUUAUUCUGAAAAGCCUUUUGAAGGAAGUGUGUGUCAUCUCCUAUUUUGCUGUAGGCCGAGUCAGAAUCUGAGUGUGCUUUUUGACUACCCGUCUAGGAAUUUUUACUGAAGUCUCCUGCAUAGUUUAACCUUGUGCAAAUAGAAUUCUCAUUUGAAGUCUUUAAACACACACACACACACACACACACACACACACACCAUCUCUCUCUCCCCCCACCCUGAUUUGUUCAAUUCUGUCCCUACUUCCAUCCCUUCAGACUGUGAAUAAAACCCUUUUCUUUGGAAGAAGGGCAACUGAGCAAGGCAGGCCUUCUGUGUCCCAUUGAUACUAUGAGUAAGCACCCAGUCAUCAACCUCAAAACUUCUUACUGAACCAUAUGUGAAGAAAUUUGGACAACUUCUGAAAUAGUUGAAGGUGAGGCCCACAAAGCUUGUUGCAGCUGGUGUGCCUCCGGGGAUCCUUGUAAGAUCUAGCAAAAGAAGCGUUGAUGUGUAUUCAAGUGGUUGGAGUAAGGCUGUGCACAAAGUUUGUGGCUUUAUUGAAAUUGCUUACGAAAUAGCAUUUUAUUAGCCAUUUCGUUCCCUCAUCAAAGCAUGCAAGAUUUUCUGCAUGUAAAAGCAGAUGGACUUCCUGUUGAACUUGAUCUACUGUCCAUACAUUUUCUUUUUUAAAAAGAAGUCAACUUCCUCUACACAACGUUUUGUUUCCUCACUGUGGUUUCUUCAACCAGAAUCUUGUUCGCAAGGAUGAGCUUUGCCAGAACUGAGAUGUCAAAAGCGCACUGCAAAUUUAAUUUAGAUAAGCAGAAUAAGUUUACUGGAAAGCAUGUUGGUCAAAAGAAGCAGAGCUCUUCAAAAGGCGUGCAAUCUCAGCAGGAAAUGCUUUGGCAAAAACCCACAUGUGUUUUCAGCUUCUGUGCAGGUCUUGUGUGAUCUGGAAGAUAUGCUUUGCAAGAGGUUAACUACAUAUUAAGAUUAGAACUGGCAAACUGAGCAGAACACAAAGCUGAAGAACUGAUUUGUCUUAUAAUAUUACGCUAUGAAGAAUUCUAUUCCUGUUGCUUCUCACGGAUAUCUGUUUUUAGAAAUAAGAGUUAUACAAGUAGAUAUAUUAAAAUGUGAGCAGUUUGUUAAAAGAAGAAGUUCCCAAGUGGGAACUUCAAAUUCAGGGAAGAAGGUCUGUGAAUCAGGGAUGGAGAGCCUGUGGUCCUCCAGGUGUUGCUGAACGACAGCUCCCAUUCACUGUUCGAAAUUAGCCAGGCGCCAGGCGCAUUUUGCACCUGCCUAUCAGCCCCCAGAUGCCUGGGCCCCAGGAUGGCACCUGACAUCUCCACCAUCUGGAGGUGCAUAUCUGGGGUUCAUUGGAUCUUGACUGUUUCCACACACUGAUACCACAUCCUGUUAUCAGUUAUAUUUUAUUUGCACAAUCAGAAUGAAUUUUAGGAAUCAAAAUACCUUUUCUGUGCAGCCUGAGCAGGAGCAGUGAACAGCCUUGUAGUUACCGGUAAUAGUUGUGUCUUGUCUUCAUUUAUCCCACCCCACUGCCCUGCUCACAGUUGUGAAGUAUAUUCUUAUGUUACGAAUGCUUGGUGUAACUAUUAAGGAGAAGAGGUAGGAAUGGGCCAAUAUAUAUGUGGACUGUCCCUGGAUCAAGUGGCUUUUCUUUUUUAAGUUCUCAAGUUUGUCAUCUGAAAUAGCCAGAUGUUGUCAGUCCACCAUUUGAAAAAUAAGGCUUUGAGCCAUCUUGCCCCCAAAUGGCGACUAGACAUUCUGUUUUGGCGACUGUAACCUUGGUUUAGGGAGCCAUUUGGUGCCUAGCUUAUAUAUCUGAGUUUCUCACACUGCUCCCAUGAUCCCUGACCAUUGGUCUAACUGACUGGGGCUAAUGGGGAUUGGCAUUCAGCAACACUUGGAAGGCCAGAAGUUCCCAAUUCUUAGUCUCGGUUAUGGUUUCUGCAAGUGGUGGAAGGGCCUUGCCUCAACAUAGUCCAAUCUAUGCUCUUUUUCUUCCUUUUUUGCCAAGAACAGGCAUUUUGCUCUCAUUUUCUUUAUCUUUCAAUGGUCAGCCGCUUUGAUCAAAUCAUAAUUUCCCCACCAUUUUGAAGCUGGAGUUGCUCCAUUAAAAAACCCACAACGAAUUCAAUAAGAUCUGUGCUGUGACUCUUUCUAAACCGAAUAGAUGUGCUAAGAAUUGCUUUGAUAUCCUGUUCUGGGUUUGGAGUUAUUUUCAAUGCAGGGAAGUGGAGAAACUGCUUGCAGAUGCUGCUAACAUAUUUUGACCAUUUUGUCAUGCAUUUUAUUGCUCCAGUGGAAUAUCUUGCAAGGGUGGCCCCACCUUUUUUGUCAUCUUUUCCCAUACAGAUUCAUGUGGAAAACAUAAAUUCCCAGCCAUUUUUUUGCGGGGUGGGGCUCUGCACGACUUAGAAGCUAGGAUACUUCUCCAGUGUCAUAAUGAAGCACUUGCUGAUCCAGAUUCCGUGCUUCACCAUGGGAAAGUAGACUCCCUGCAUUGCAGUAACAUUCACUGAAUCUUGGUCUGCUCUCCAGGUACUGCUUUGAACUGGGUUUCCAGUUUUGCCUGUGGGAAAUUAAUAGGUGAACUUGGACUUGAAAAUGCAGGUUGGGUCUCUCCUUGGCCAUGAAACUUAUUGGAUGGCUUUGGGCAAGUCCCUUUCUCACAGUGUUGCAAGGUUGUUCUGCCCUGAACUCCUUGAAGGAAGAGCGAGAUAUUUUGGGUGGCAUUUGGUUUCCUCACAAUUGUAGAAUUAUAACACACAUGCAGACAGCCCAUCCAAAUGCUACUGCCUGUUUGAUGUUUAUAAGUGUAAGCUGGCAGGCACUAGGGAUAUGGCUUUCUCAGUGGUGGCCCCACACCUUUGGAACUCUCAGAGAGAUGUAUAUGGAAGUUGGAUCAGUUAAUGUUUUCAGGAAAGCUUUCCUGCCACUGCUGCUCUUCCUUGUGUGAAGGGCCAUAGCUCUGUGUCAGAGCACAUGUUUUGCAUGCAGAUGAUUCCAGGUUCAAACCCUAGUGUCUCCAGGUAGGGCAGGUAAAGGUUUCCACCUGAAGAUCCAGGAGAUCUGCUGCCGCCACUGACUGGCCCAAUACUGAACUGGAUGGACCAACAGCCUGACAUUAAAAGGCAGCUUGCCAUGUUCCAAUUCAGCAACAUAACCAAGUACGGAGAGGGUUGGUUGGCUGUUGUUUGCUUGAAGUCUCUGUUGGGGAUGCCUUAGAUUUGGAUCUCUGUCAACAUGAAGUGAGUUGGACUGGAUGUAGCCUUCAAGGCUCCCUUCAACUCUAUAAUUUUACAAUCGAUUCCACUGAUUCUGUGUUCGUUUCCAGGGAAGUAAAUUCAAGAUGAUGUAGCUUUGCAUGACGUAUUUUGCUUAGGUUACAAUGGUUGUGUGCUGUGAACAUGCUCUAGGUAUUCUUUUGCAUGAGUUCAGUUGUGUAUGUGGUGACCCCCUUUGGCUUGGAAUGUUUGGUAGCAGAAAUGUGACGGAGAACAGAAACAGAAAUAAAAAUACUUGCUAGAAAUAACAAUACUGGGACGCUACCACUGAUGCUAAAACUGAGAACAGGAAAUGCUACUGCAUGCGCAACUGAUGGCGACGACAAAUUAGCUCUUGGAACUCUUAGGCCGUAGUUAACCCCAUUAACCUGGAAAAUCAUAGGAGUCUUGCACUGUGAUGUUCAUAUGGUUUUCAUGGAUCAUACUACUGCCACUCACGUGAUGAAAUUUGGGGCAGUAUUCUGGCACACAGGUUUGCCCCACUCUUUCCAUGGGUGAAUUGUGGGGGGACAGAAGUGCCUAUGCACGUAAAAGGUGUCUGAUGACCUCUGCUAUUGUGUCGCACCACACUCAAUGGUGUGAAUGAAGUUUAGCAUGACCUGGUGGAAUAUUGAUUAAAAAAUGCACUGUUCCACAGUGCAAGAGAAAGUGCAGUGUGAAAGGAACAUUAGAAAACAGGACAGAAGCACUAGCAUGAUAACCAGGAAGUUUUACACAAUGAUCUCCUUGCCUCAGUGCACCCUAAGUCUCUGCCCCUGCCUUUCUCUCUGCAUCCCAGUUUGGGCCCAAUGCAUAGAACAGCCAAGGAACUCUCUGCAUUUUUCUUAUUGUAAGGAAAGGAUUUUGGAAUUGGCUGAAUCAAAGUUUUGGGUAUUAAUCCAUUCCUCAGACUUCAGCUGCAAAGACCGCUUAACUGUACUAUCAGGAUCAUACCUACUUUGCACUGAGUUUUACUGAAGUAAAAGGCCAUUCUCUGAGUUACCAAGUUUUGAAUUAGACUCUGUUCGUCCUGGUCUUACUUUGCAAAGCGCUUGAUGAAAGACAAAAGCAGCACGUCAUUCUAAUAGCGCUGGAUCUUUUCCUUUUCCCCCAGGAACAUUUAUCUAUUUAAUAUUUACUUAAUUACCAAAUUCUCCAAGCAGCGCGUAUAAAAAUUACAGAAAGCACGUAGUGGAUAAAAUUAAGAUUAAUCACAAAAAUAUGAAACUUCCUUAAAAUGCCUGCUGAAAUAGAGAAGUCUUUGUCAAACUCCUGAAGUUCAACAGAGCCGAGGUCUGUCUGGUCUCAGCUUCCCUCCUGCAGUGCUGCAAAUUCCCACACAAGUUAUCUCACCAUCUUCUAAGAAAUGGGAUCACGUUGUCCGUCCAUGAAUUUAGAACUUGCUGAUUUCAAAAGUCACUGUGCAUCUGAUGAAAUAAGCUGUGGCCCACACAAACGCACACCCUUUAUAAAAUGAAGAGCGUAGAUGCGUUUUGCUGCUUGCCCUUCGCAGCUCAGGUUGCAACGGAAUAUCUAUGGGUGGAUUUCUGUUCCCGUUGUUGGCAUUAGAAAGUUUAAACAAAUUGACUGUCUCCCCCCACCCUCUGAUUAGUAGGUUACCGAGGGCAAGGGACGGUAAUAAACUUGUUGGCAUUGAUCUUAGUGGCAUUUUUCACUUCUGUCAUGGCAUUCCUGAUAAAUGGUCCAAGGUCCUGCAUUUAAAUAAAGAUUUAUCGGAGGCACACAGUCAAGUGUUAACAUGCUAUUCAGUGGAAGUUCACAUGCUUUGUUUUUGUGCAUCCCAGAAGAUAAUGUUCUAAUGCGUGCUCUGCAUGUUUGCUUUAUUCGCAACCUGUCUCAAAAGCGUUCCUGUACAUCAGUGUUACUUUUUUUAAAAAACUGGCAGCUCAUCUGAAACAAGACUUUGAGGGUGCCAGGCUGAUAAUUCACAGGAAGUCUGUGGAGCAUUGCCAUUUUUUCCUGAAAAAGAGAAAAGGUUGUGCUUUUGUUUUUGGGUGUCCGAGCCUUGUUCAUCUAUUUAAAUCCUUCUGGUUAAAUUGUAUUCAUUUAUUUUAUUAAUACUUCAUCAAUACCGUAUUUUCAUUUACUUCUGAGAUUUCUUACCAUCUUUUCACCAUAAGACCCCAGGGCAGGUUACAAGCAAUACAAUAUAGAAUUAUAAAAACAACUGAAAACAGUGAACAGUGUUCCAAAUGGAACAGAACAGUAUAAAUUCAGCAAAAGGGGUGGGUUCCGCCUAAUAAAAUGCCUUAACUAAUAAAGAGGUGCAUUUUCAGCAUAGAAGCCAGGUUUACCUCCAUGGGGAGGGAGUCCCACAUUUUGGGGACUGAUUUUUGAGUAUGCAAAGCACUUAAGAACCCCUCACCUAGGGGAAGAAGGGUCAGCCUCUUUUCGUUUGCCUAACAGCCAAAUUGGGCUCUGUUUCCCUUCCUUCCAACUCCCAGUCCUUCCUCCACUGGGCUAGAAGCCUAUCACUCUCUGAUUGCCACCUGCAGCACCGAUCUCAGCCCAGCCAAACUGGAGGCCACGAUUAUUCCAGCAUAGGGAGAUGAGGUAGGGACAAUGUAGGGUUUUACCCACUCCAACAUACAAUGGUCAAUUGCAGUUAACGGUGGCAAAGAGAGCUUGCCAGAGAAACACUUCGGCAACUGGCGUGGAGACAUACUUACCCAGAAGACCAGAAAAGUUGUGAGCUGGUCUUCUGAAUUCUUGCUUCCAAACUCCACUGCUUUUAAUUCACCUACCUUCACCAGGAAAUGGUUUUGAGGGGCAAGGUUGCAAGUUGACUGUGAAACAUUUAUUUACUCCCAGGAAAUCCCGGUGUCAUCUGCCAGAACUUCCCAGGAGGAACUUGCUUGACAAUUGCCUCUCUUCUUCCUUAAACCCUAGGUUUCUAAGAUCGUUAUCAUGGGUGUUGUGAAUUUGAGCUUGGAAAUAUCUGUCAAAUAGUGAGAUUUAAGGAUAAACCUCUGGGAGUUAGCAAACCUGAAGAGUUUGCUUUCUAUCCCACACUUGGCAGGCUGGUGCCCACUGCUUGCCAUAAUUCACAUUUUGUGAGUCACAGUAUCUUUACAGGGCUGUUAAUUUACUAAGCUGGGUUCCUUACGUCUUAUGCUGGCUUGUAAAUAACCCUUUCUCUAGAGACAGCGGAUGAGGCAGUUUUUGGAAAGUAGAAGAGAGUUGGUUCUUCCGGUGUGCCACAAAUGAUAUUCAAUAGGUCAAGAAAUGUUGAGGACUAGGAACGUCUGUGCACUUGUCUGCAAGGCCAAUAUUGUUCACAUGCUGAUAACAACAAGAAAAUAAUUAACCUCUGUCUUUAUUAUGACUCAUUAGCUUAGAGUUCUGUCUACACUGGCUUCUGCUAAAUGAAAGAGAAAUUGCCCUCUAAGUUAGCUUAGUUUUGUGACCCUUUUAUCUUGAGCAAAGGAAUUCUUUCUCAGCUAAUUCCACUCUGUGCAUACAGAAAACCAGCAGUAUUCUCACAGGGAGGAGCACACGAGCUGUUGGAAAGCAAAAGUUAGUUUCAGAAGUUGUGCUGGUGGGGUGUGUGGGAGCUCCUGCUUCUGCCCCACAGAGAGGGCUUGUAGAUGCAAUUUCAAUUUUUGGAUUUUAAAAAAAUAUUCAUUGAAAAAAGGCAGUGACUGCAGAAGAAGAUGCCAGUUUCAACUCUUUGCAUUCUUAAACAUGGCUGUAUCUGAAGUAUUAGCGAAUGAGAAGUUUGAUAAGACCCUGUUCACCUAACUGUUCAGGAAGGUAUGGGUAGCAAGCGAUAAGUUCCUUGCCUAUGUGAAUAUGCAACCUUUCCCUAAUAUUAGCAAAUGAGAUAUCUCUUCCAUGGGCUUCUCUCUAUCUUACCCACCCACUCCCAGUCCAGAACAGAACAGGAUGUCCUACAACACACGAGGUAUUUAUUUGGCAACCACAUUAUAAAGAAGUUGUUGCAUGUGCUGCUGAGACAGAAAUAAUGGGUGUGCUGACAGCUGAGCUUGUUUUGUGGUGGUUUUGUUUUUUGUUCAAAUGUCUUCAGGCGCUGAAUGUCUGGCCACACAACUUUCCCACCAGGUAAACUGGUUCGGCUAAGUAUUUCGGGAGCUGCCAAAACCUAAUUGUGUUUCAUGCUGUCCUGUAUGAAGAGCUGCUAUCGUCGGGCCUCAUAAAAUGGUUUGAAAUUACCUUGGAUGUGCUGCUCACAGUUGCAUGCCUGCCGCUUUUCAAGAAGACUGCUAGAUGCUUGAGGCACAUCCUGGGCAAUAGGUGCAAUUAAGGCUUUAUAUGCAGCAUUUUCGAGAUUUCACUAGUUGUGCGUCGCCCCUUCAGUAGGGUAGCCUUCCUCAGUUUGGAGCCUUGCAGAUGUUUUGGUCCACAGACCCCACCAUCCCUAGCCCACAGGGGCAUGCUAGCAGGGACUGAUGGGAAUUCUGGUCCAAAAUAUCAGGCGGGCACCAGGUUGGGAAAGUUUGUACCGAGAACAUAGGCUUCCCUUUGAAUGUCCGCUGAGAGGAUGUUGGAUUCAUUGACCAGUUUCUCGUUUCUGGACAAGAAAGAACCCCAUGCAUUCUGAUCUUCAAUAUUGUUGUUGUUGUUGUUUAGUCGUGACCGACUUUUCGUGACCCCAUGGACCAGAGCACGCCAGGCACUCCUGUCUUCCACUGCCUCCCGCAGUUUAGUCAAACUCAUGCUGGUAGCUUCGAGAACACUGUCCAACCAUCUCGUCCUCUGUCGUCCCCUUCUCCUUGUGCCCUCCAUCUUUCCCAGCAUCAGGGUCUUUUCCAGGGAGUCUUCUCUUCUCCUGAGGUGGCCAAAGUACUGGAGUCUCAGCUUCAGGCUCUGUCCUUCCAGUGAGCACUCAGGGCUGAUUUCCUUCAGAAUGGAUAGGUUUGAUCUUCUUGCAGUCCAUGGGACUCUCAAAAGUCUCCUCCAGCACCAUAAUUCAAAAGCAUCAAUUCUUCAGCAAUCAGCCUUCUUUAUGGUGUUAAAAACAUGGCAGUAGACGAUGGGUCUGCAAGGAAAUGUGAGAUUCCAAGGAGCGCUUUGCAACAAAAGGCCCUCACAGUGACAUCUUCCUGAGCCAAAUUAUUCUCAAGACUUCCUAUAGCAUAAAUCUGGCCUUCCUGUCUUUUCCUUAUUCUGUCAGAGGGGUUUGGGGGGUGUUUUGGGUAUUUUGCUUUGCUUCCCCACCUCCCAGUUCCCCCCAUUAAAUGUAAGACAAAAAAAGGAGCAAGUGCACAGCAUAGCAAAAUAUCCUCAUAGCUUCUGAGGAUUUUUUUUUUUAAAAAAAGCUGGUUUAAGGCAGACCUCCCUGUAUCAGAUAGUUAUUCUUGGAGCCUUUGUUGUCUGGGUCUUGUCUGCAGCUUCAGCCUGUACAUUGGUAGGAGAAAAAAGCCGCUCUCUCAAAUCCAAAAGUGCUUUCUUUCUUUUUUUAUUCACAAGCUUUGUUAGUAUUAUUGUGAGGUUUCAAGCUUCCUCCCGGGAGACUGCUCUACACAUUUCCAAAAGAUAACAGCAUACCCUUGCAGCAUUAUUAGGCAUUUCUUGCUUUAUUUCCUAGGAACAAGGGAAGAAUUACAGCCCUUACAGAGAUUACAGCUGUUAAGAUGCCAUGGCAAGGCGGGCACCAGGGGUCAGCAUCAUCAGGCACCUGCCUGAGGCUUAAGACACCAGUGCCCUGGUCUUCCUCCAGUUCCCUGUUCACCUGCAUACAGUAGUUUCAUUGCAGUAACUGACCUUUAAGAGCCAUGACUUUGAAUACCACCCUUCUACAUGCCAGGAGGGCGUGGACCUUAGAGCAAAGCUUUGGGAAAAGGUUCAGUGGAAUAACACAAUGUGAUGCAUGCAGAAGGUUACAUGAUCAGUGUCUGGGACCUCCAGUAUCCCUGCUUGCAGGUUAAGAUACAGUGGUACCUCGGUUUAAGAACAGCCCUGUUUACGAACUAUUCGGUUUACGAACUCCGCAAAACCGGAAGUAAUGUCCUGGUUUGCGAACUUUACCUCGGUCUAAGAACGGAAGCCGAAUGGUGGAAGCGCACCAGCGGCGGGAGGCCUUAUUAGGGAAAGCGCACCUCGGUUUAAGAACAGACUUAAGUUCGUAAACUGAGGUACCACUGUAUAUGCUUGAGAUCCUGAACAGCUCCCAUCACCCAGUUGAGCUAAAUGGACCAAUGGUCUUGGCUAGAUAUAAGGCAGCUUCACAGCUGUCUAUAUCUUCACUAGAACCUUGCGUUCUAGGUUAUGCAAAGGGCUGUACUGAGAACUCCCUCACAUAAGGAGAUGGAAGAGUCUACCCGAUGGUUUCCAUUUUAGCAGGUGGAUAAAAUCCUUACUGACCAGGGAUAGGCCUAAUAAUCCUAAUACUUACUCACUGUAAAUUCCUACCUCAGUUUAGAUGACUUUAAGAGAGAUUUUAGGGAUGCCUUGCUAAAAUGCUGUAAGUGUGAGUUGGCUCAAUUCACAGAUGGGUAGCCAUGUUAGUUUUUUGCAACAAAAACAACAAAAAGCCUGGUGGCAAUGAAAAAAAAAUAUUAUGCUAUUCAGCUUUCAUGGGCACAAACCCACUUCAUCAGAUGCAAGACUCUUUGCUUUUUGUUAGUUGCUCCUUAGGGUACAGCUACCCCCCCCCCCCGGCAGCAUCACAAAGUUAAGGCCACAAUCCUUAACAACAUCCCUGGCCAUAAGUCUUAGUGAGAUCAAUGACACUUUCUUCUGACUAGAUAUGUAUGGAAUUGUGCUGUAAAUCCCUAACUAGGAGAGGAAAGAAGCAUCUUGUGUUAACUGUGCAUGCACAUUAAUGCACACACACACAUGACCGCUAAGGCACUAUGGUGUGCAUAACCUGCCAUUUCUCACACAUUGCUGAGACUUAUGUGGAAGUGUAAAUAACGUAGACCAAUGAGUGUUUCUUUCCCCCUGGUGUAUUUUUAACCAAAAGAAAUAAUAUUCCCAUUGCUUUUAAACUAGAGGCAGCUGCAAAGUAAACACAACGCACAACAGGCAGAGCACAGCUUCCGGCUUCCUCCUCCUCUUAGGAGAGGAGGCUCCUCAGGUUGCCGUGCAAUCCAAAAUAGGUUUUCUUGGAAGUAAAUCCUAUUGAACUCAAUGGGGCUUACACACUGAUGUGUGGCCACUGUCUGCGGAUACAAGCACAAUAAACAUUAGUAGCAGCACCUACUAAAUCCCAUGAAAGGAGCAGCUCUCAUUCUCCAAAGAAGAUGGGCAACAUGUGGCCUUUUCUCCUCAUCUUUGGCAGCUGUGGCACAUCUUAACAUCGCUCCAGUUCAGGAAUUUGCUGCCCAAGUAUAACAACAACAGCAACAACAAUUCCCAAAGGAAACCUCCACAUGGAGGAAGAACAUCUGAGAAAACCCAGUCUCCAUUUCCAGCUGCUGCUUCCUAGUGGUGGUUCUGCCUCUGUGACUGCAGAAAAAAAAUGGCUCUCUGCACUCACGCAAAUUGCCACUGGAAAGCAGCAGAGCACCUUGUAACUGGGUUUAUAUCGGGUCAGGGAGUUCUUCAUUCAGCUACAUCCCUAACAGUUGCUUCACGCGGCGGAAGAUGCUGCAGACAUCUUGACAUUAGACCUCCAUCGUGGGUCUUCCAUUGCAGUCAAUUAUUUGUUCAUUUCUUCCACUGUGGCUACUCUGGUCUUCUCUAUGGGAGUCUGAUGGGCCUGAAGUGCAUCAAAUUCCUGUGAGUUCAUUGGAGGUCUGUGGACAGAAGCUGUAGCUUGGUGGUAGACCACACCUGCUUUGCACGCAAUUCUUGGCAUCUCCAAUUAAGAAAACGCUGGCGAUGCUGAUGUAGCUGGACAAAUGGUCUGACCUGGUAUAAUGAAGUUUCCUAUACAAAACUCUGCCCUCCAAAUUGGGUGACGGGUGGCCAGUCUGCCACAAGUGGCACAGGCAGCAAGAGUUUGUGGCAUCCCGGUUGGACAGAGGGGUUUGAGGCACAUGCACACAACUCUUUUGUGCCCUGCACAUGCAAGGCACUUAGUCCUGCCUAAGCUUUGCAAGGACAAAGCUUCAUCGUAUUUUGACAAAGCCCAAGCAUCUGUCUCCUGCCUGCAACUUCCACUGUGUGUUCCUUGGAGGUUUUUGAGCAGAGGCUGGAUGGUCAUCUGUCAUGGAUGCUUUAGCUGAGAUUCCUGCAAUCAGUGAUGAACCUUGGGUUCCCUUCCAACUCUUAUGAUUCCAGGACUAGGCUGUUUGCACAUUUAACAAUUUUUAAUGCGUGAGAUUGCGAAAUAGGAUCUGAUAUUUUUAAUAGUGAGCAACCUUUUGCUGCAUCCUGUCUUAGUUUUGCAGCAUUUGCUUAUUGAAAGUAAACUCCAGUUAUCUCAAUAGGGAUGCAGUCCUCCUGGGCUCACGAUUCCAGGGGAGGAUGUGAAAUACACCUCUUGUCUUGUAACAACCUGCUCUGAAAGAAACCCAAAUUGCUCAUUAGGAAAGUUCCCAAAAGUAUUACAAUUCAGCGCCCAGGGUGCAUUAUGGAAGCAGGCAGGUUCAAAUUCCUUUCAGAUGGAUGAAUUGUGGCACAAAGCAUGUUCAGAUGAUGCUUAUGCAGCCUGAUUCUAUCUUUGUCUGUUUACUGGCGAGGAGGGUCCACUAAAAUCAGUGGGAUGCCUUCCCUCUGCAAAAAGAGAGAGAAAGGGAACAUGCAUAGACUUUUGCCUUCAAACAGUUGGAUUGAAGUAUAUGGCAAAAAUGGCGAGAAUAAUCUGAAAAUCAUACAGCCCUCCUUUCAGAACAACAACAAAAAGAGAGCAGCAAUUCUUGAAGAUGUUUUGUCUGGUGUGCUGCAGUCUCCAUAGUGAAGGCCAGCAAUGUCUCUGCACACUCCGGGCUCUCAGAAUGGUUUUAAGUGCAAAAGUCAGCACUGUUUGGUUCUCUCGUUACACUGUGUCCUGCAAAAUUGCAUUCUAAAAUGAUGAAACUGGAUCGGGCAUAGUCUUUUAACUUUCACCAAUCUCCAUGCAGACUAUUUUCCAAGUUGUUUUCUGCUUCCCUCCUGUUCCACCCCCCACCCCACCCCAGAAAAGUAUAUGCCAGCCUCUGUUCUCUGAAGCAAGCCAUGUAUCUCGAUAAUACAAUACUUGCCUUCUCCUGCAUUCAGACUGGAGGUCUAGACACUUUUUCUACCUUUUGUUCGGAGGGGUCACGGGGUUAGGAUAGUGUUCCCAGCCAAUUUUCUCUCUCCCGAACAGUGGAUGUUUUCCCACAAUAGGGGGUUGUGCUUGGGAAAUAAAGCCAGGGCUCGUCCGCAGAGAGCAGGCCCCUCUUUUUAAGCACGCUCAAUUUUUAUAAUUACCAAGGCAGCUCCCGAAGAGAAACGUGCUUUUGAAACGCAGUCAAGAUUACUCCCACUCCAGUUCUUACAUGCACAGAUUCUCAGCUGACACAGUCUAAAUAAAAACCUUUUACCCUAUGCCAAUAAGUCUCGAGCAAGCUGCCAAAUAGCGUUGAGGACCAAGAUAUAUAAAAAAAAACAACCCUCCACUGCUAAAACACUGCAGUCAGGUCUAAGCAGCGUAUGCCUCAUGGAAAGGGUACAAUUGACGUCCCUCUUUCCACCGCGUUCCACACACAAGAUGUUCGGUCUUUUGGGAAGGGGGUGUUGUUGCAACACAUUAACAGAAUUUUAAAUAUCUUUGUUGGAUUCUAGGCAAAUACAACUCCCUUAGCAACAAAGCAGAGCCAAUACUUUUUGCUGGUACAUAUUCUCUCUCCCCCCCAACGCUCUUUUUUUUUUUUUUAAAUAGUAAGGCAUUUAUCUUAUUUUUAAAAGUCACACACACACACACACACACACACACACACACACACACACCAUGCAAAACGGUGUUCCAGUUAUUCAAACAAUGCUCCAACUUUGCAAUUGUUGUGGUGAGGCCAUCUGUUCCUCUUGUUAUCGAGGUCCAUGCUGACUCCAUUGCUUCAUCCACCAGGCUGUCACAAGGAGUAAGUCUGCAAGCCUAAGCAUGCUCGCUUGGAAGUAUCGGUUUUAGAGUUUGCACCUUUCAAGCUGGCCCUGUAAAUAAAUACUCAGGCCCCAAAUGGCUAUAGCGAUGGCUCUUUGGAUGUGAACUCCAUUUCAGAUGUUGCUAGACUACAUUUCCGCUCAUUCCUGCCCAUUGGCCAUGCUGGCUGGGACUGAUGGGAGCUGGAGCCUACCAAUGACAUCUGCAGAUUCCCUGCCUCUUUUAUUACCAGAUGCUUUUUUGGGCAAACAACACCGGCUGACACCCUCCAUCUUGUUUUGCCCAUCCUGGGGCCAGUGGCUGGCCACUGUUGGGGACACAGUGACAGAUUCCAUGGACCUUUGAUCUGAUCCAGUGCAGAUGGUUCUUACGUUCUUACAGUGGUGCCAUAAAGCCCUUCUGCCCCUUUUUAUGAGGAAGGGUUCACUGGGAUUUAAAAUGGCUACAUAUGUUAAGGAAAAUCCCACGUGUAGACUUCAGGACUUGCUGUUUGUAGAACGUAAAAGUGGGUUUUUUUGGAAGUCGGGCAGUGCGAUAAUGCAAACCCUUCCAAAGGGCAGAGAAAGAAAAGAAUCUGGUUCUAUCCUUCAUGGCUCCUUUUAGCAAUUUCUUUCAGAUAACCUACGCCUCUGUGUCAGUGCAAUUAAAAGAGAAAUUCUGUCUAAUGAACAGUUGUAGCCCUUGGGCUAUUGUGGAAUGAGCAGUGAAGUUGGGAGCAGUCUUAUUAAAAUAAUAAUUAAGGAACAAGGGAGGUGGGGAAGAAAAAGAGAGGAAUUAUUGAUGCUCAUACAGCCCAAUAAAUGUUGAUAAACAGUAGCAAGCCCAAUUUGGAAUUUCAGAGACAAACUUUCAGGCCUCCCACAUCACUCAUAACAACAGUUGCAUGAUGCAGUUUAAGGCUAGAGGGUUGGAAGUUCCUGAUCCCAUUUUUCCAUCUCAGAAAUAAGAGGAGUAGUUCAAUGUUAUGCAUGUCUACUUGGAAGUAAUUCCAAUGGUAUUCAAUUGGGCUUACUCCCAGGUAGGUAGGUAAGUGUAGCUCUGCACACUUACCAAUGAGACUUAAACCUGAGAAAACCCAGCACAGGAUUGAGCCGCAUGAGUGGUCUAGCGUGUACAACUGGGGCUAGAUGUGGAUGAUUGUGCCAUGGACUCAUUGGGUGGUCUUGGUGGUUUGGUCUUGGCUUGUUUGGUAAGAAAUAAAUCACGCUAAGCCAACACUCUGGUUUGUUUCCUCUUGGCAUGGCCAUGGGAAUAGGCCAUAGGCUUAGCACGACACGUGAACCAGGCCACAGUAUCAGCCUAACGUCCUAAGCAUUUAUGUCCAACGGCUAUUUCUUAAGUGUACUUUGCACAUUGAUAUGUGUUUUGUGAAUAUUUUCUUGUUGUGGUAUAGCAGCCCCUUAAGAGGCUUGAUAGACUGCUGUGUCUGCUGCCUGCCUGGGAUGGAUGGAUGGAUGGAUGGAUGGAUGGAAGGAAGGAAGGAAAAGAAACUUUUAAGUAUCUUGACAGCCCACAAUACAAGGAAUGGGGACAGUUGGGUUUGGUGAGAUACAAGAUGUCUAAGUCAUACUCAUUCUGAAUAGUUGUUUUGCUUUGACCAGCCUUUCCUGAAGACAACUCUUGUUCACAGCAAGAGCUAAUGGUCAAAGGUGGCCGUGAGCCCUUGGGAAGACACGGUUUUGGCAACCAUACGGGCAUUUUGUGGCCUGCUGUCUUGGCCCCAAUAUUCUAGCUAAACUUCUUUUUCACCAGUUUCUUUCUCCUCCCUGCCCCCAAGUCCCUUGUUCUUCAUAGCCUUAAAAAGAAAAGGAAAAAAACCCCAACACAAUACACUAAGAGACUAAACCUAUCAAAAAAAUGAAGAAAAGACCCUGUCCAGAGAGAGAAGCAGAAAUGGUGGUGAAGAGAGAAAAUAGCAGUAGCACUGACUGAGACUUGUCAGGUCAACUGCCACUUGUGGAAAUCCACAUGUAUAAAAUACAGAGAGAGUUUGGAGCAUGCUCUUCCAUUCUGAACUGUCAGGUAUAUCAUCAGACUGAAUGAUGGCUGGAGCUCUUCAGCAUAAGAGACAUAGGGAAGCUGGCUUAUUAUACGGUCCUUCUCGGUCAGCAUUUGUUGGUAAUGACUGGCAGCAGCCGUCCUGCGUUUCAGGCAGGGGUCCUUCCCAGCUGGGGGUUGAACCCAAGACCUUCUGCAUACAGAUCAAGAUGCUCUGCCUCUGAACCACAGCCCUUCAUCAGGUUUGGUCACCUCUGCUACUGUAGCUCCAUUGCUCUGACACAACAGAGCAAGGGCUGUAUCGCAGAAUAUCAAUAUACAGCCGAAUGUAAAUUUCCCACAGUGCCCCAAAAAGGGUAGUCACAUGGUGCCGGACUACAGCUCCCAUCAACCUACAGCUCUCAGGGAAGAUGAGCGCUGUAGACUCAAGAAAUCUGAGGACCACCACGUUAGCUACAUUUGCCCCCAGAGCACUGCGGGGACUAAACAGUAGCUCCUAAACCAAUUGCCUAGGGAUGCCGAGAGCAGAUCCCGGGUGAACAUGCCAUGAAAUUGAUCACGGAGACUUUACCCCUCAAAAACUCAUUCCCGCUCCCCAAAACCAAGGACCCUUUGCUGUCUCUUUUAAGCACGAUAAACCUAAAUCUUGUUAAGCCAGAUUUUGUGUGUGGUUCAAGAUAUUUUAAGUCUUCCGCAGCUCAUUAACCCUAGGAGGAGGAAGGAUGUUUCCUGUACUGGCCCAGCUUUUCAAGAGUUUUUUUUUUUUUGCAUCACCCACAAUUUGCCCUUUUGUUUAUAAAGCUGGUGUAGUUGCUAAGAUCAGUUUGCUGCCUACCAUUUAGAAAGUUGGCUGCUUUUUAAGUAGGCAGCUUGGAAGGCAACAUGGUGUUUCUAAGAGAGCUGAGGCACCGCUUAACUCUUUGUGUGUGUGUUUUAAUUGCUGAGCAAAUAGAAGGGGAAAGGUUCGAAGCUGCGCGUGAGUCGCUAGUGCUGAGCAAUGUCAUCUGUUGCGCCUCCAGCCUGCAACUUUUUUAUGUUGAGUCAUCUUGGUAUGAGUCUUGGGCACACUUGGCAUGACAUCAUUGAAGUGCUCUGACAACAGUGCACCAUGCAAAAUGGGCAGGGAUUCAUGCUGGAAAACACACAGUGCAAACGGCACAGAAAACACACAACACAAACAGCACAGGAAGCGGCCUGGUUUGCCACUAGAUCUGUGCAAUUGGGCUUUUUUUUUUGGUGUUUCCCCCCCAUUACUAUUAAGAAUCUGAACGUUGCACAGUAGCCUGCAAGAAGGUAAGCUAGGCACAUUAAUCAUUCCCAAUCUAGGAUCAUAUAUCAAAUAAUAGAAUUGGAUUAAAGUAUUUUUCUCUUCCUUAAUCAGCUAGCAAACGGGGUAAGGUUAGGGUAUCAAGAGAGAGCUAUUUCUGACCCAGUUAAAAUACACUGAACUUGGUCCUGUAAACUCAGAAUGCGCAUGUCGGGGGCACAUGAUCUCACAUCCUUUCUCCUCCCACAAAUCCUGGUUUGCAGUCAGAGAUCAAACCACUGUUGUUGUUUUAAUUCAGACAUAAUGGGAAACUGUGGUUUGGCAAACCCUGGACAUUUUUGCAUUAUGGUGCACGAUAAGAGGGAGCAUGCAGGCAGAGAGCACUUGCUCUUGGUUCUGUAAAGCAUGGUUUAUACGGCUGAGAUAUUAUGUCUGAACUGGGUCUUUCUGUAAAGCAUGUGGAUGGGCUCACUUGCACUAUCUUUCGGGAGACGCAUUUAUACGAUGCCGAUCACUUCUCUCGCUGUAGGACGCCAGUGUUUUAAUUUAUUGGGUUUAUCUAUGAAUUGCUGCCAUGUGGUCCAUCUGUUAUAUGAACAGAAUCCUUUGCUUUUGCAGAAUUUUGCACAGUACUUGAUUCGCAACAGUUCUGGACAAUUGCCAUACCCUCCUGGAAGUGCAGAUAAGUGAAAAUGUAGCUGUGCUCCAGCGCUCAUCAUGCGCAACAUUCAUGCUGCUAUUUUUUUAAAAAACACACCAUUAAUAAGCAUUAAUGUAAGGCUAUCAGUAUAAAUGAAACUUUAUAUUGUCCACAAUUCUUUAUUUGCUUGUCCAUGAGUGUCAUGGAACUAACGACGGAGUAGACAUACACAGGACCGCACAGUUGCAGAACGACUUUGGCCACAGAGAUGGCUUCCUUGACCGCUGGGGAAAGGCGUUAACAAGUAACUGCACAUUAUUUCUGGUGGGGAUGUGAGAACUAAAGAGUUAAGUUGAAGGACUUGGUGGGGGGGGGGGAGAUGGCGUCCUGAGCAGUUUAAUUCAUUUAAGAAACCAUAUACCGUAUUUUUCGCUCUAUAAGACGCACCAGACCACAAGACGCACCUAGUUUUUGGAGGAGGAAAACAAGAAAAAAAUAUUCUGAAUCUCAGAAGCCAGAACAGCAAGAGGGAUGGCUGUGCAGUGAAAGCAGCGAUCCCUCUUGCUGUUCUGGCUUCUGGGAUAGCUGCGCAGCCUGCAUUCGCGCCAUAAGACGCACGCACAUUUCCCCUUACUUUUUAGGAGGGAAAAAGUGAGUCUUAUAGAGCAAAAAAUACGGUAAGUUAGGAUGAGACCUUGAGGGUAGUUGAUAGGACUGCCAACUUGUUUAACAGGCCCUGCUCCUGUGCUUUGCAACUGCUGCUGUAGACGUUGGCAGUUGAUGAUAAUAUGCACUCUCUCUACUGAGGCAGGAGGGGCCUGCAGAGGCUCCAGAUUUCUGCAUAUCAAGCUGCUGUUAAAGUUACAAGAGCAGGUCAGAGCCCCCCCCCCCCACUCCAAACCCAUCAUUUCGCAAUCCCAGCUAUCCAGGAUUCUGGAGGGAGCAAAGGUCAUGGGAAGGGACAUAGGAGCAAUUCAGUGCUAAAAGCUAAGGAAGGGCAACCCUACAGAGUACAGUACAUAACCACAAACGAUAUAAUAUUAUCAAAUCAUAAAUUAAGGAGCACCACAUUUGCGAGUUUUAAAAAUUUUUACAGCAUCUUUUUUAUUUUGUGUAAUGAAUUGCAAGCAGUCCUGUCUUCACUGUGGGAGCAGAAUAAUAAUAAUAAUAAUAAUCACAACAGCAAAUUAUUAUUAUUUUAAAAAUAUACAAGUUAGAAUAUUUGUUGUUUUUGAAAGCACAGGGCUGUUUCAGGUAUCUUUUUUUGCAUCGUGAACCAUGGGCUUUAGAAAGGAAGGUGGCCUCAGGACCCCAGAAUGGCUUAUUUUCUUGUGAAGGCCACCUGACAAAUGGUAGUCAUCAGAGAAAGGCAAUCCUGCCUCUUUAAAUGGCCACUCUCUCUGUCAGCGCAUCUUGUGGGGCUGAAAUGCCCUUUGUUAUCACAGUCUAGACAGGACGCAGGCGGAAUAUUUGAUUGUGUGUGUGUGUGUGUGUGUGUGUGUUAAGGUGCAGGCAGAGGGAGGGUGGAGUAGACAACUAGACAAGGGUUAGGUGAAUUUGACUGGCUUCAUCUACGAACGGAUUGCAGUGAUUUUUCUCUCCUCCCCACUUCUUAUCUGGCAAACUCUGCCUGCCCUCUUUUGCUUAUUUUAAAGGUGGAAGGGAUGAAAAGCCAAUCCUGUGUGUUUAUAAAAUUGUUCCAUUUCUCAGAAGGAGACAUUAGCGCACUGCAGCCUGCCUCCCUUUAAUUGCCCUUUUUAUGACUGUCUAGACAUCAUCCAGAUACGUGUUUGCAGUGAAAAGACGUAUCUCCUCCUUCUGGUUAUAUGAUAUAGUCCGAACCCUUUUCACCCAUUCUCUUCUAACCCACUCCCUGGCUGUUCUUUUAAGAAUGGAUUUUAUCCCUGUAUUCCCUCCCAAGCAAUCGUAUGAUUAGUACUGUGCACCAAUUGACUGUUUCAGUUGCAUUUUGGGUGCCCCCCUCGCUGUGUUUUCCUGGUGUCAUGAGGGUCUUUUUUCUCCCCCACCCCCAAGCUUUUUGGAGGGGAUAUAGAGCUUGGAAAAAGGGCUCUCAUUUGGAGUUACUUAAGCAGAUCACAUUUCUAAAGCUGUGUUUAUAUUCAAACAUAGCCACUUCUUUGUAAACCCCCCUCUCUCUCCUCCUUUGCUUUCAUUUUUCUGUGGCUGGUAAGAAGAAUACAACUCCUCCGACCAGGUUUUAAGAAUGGAGACAACAAGGAACUGUGAAUGGGCUUGGGAGGGUUUUAGUUAUGCAAAUGAGCUGCAUUAAUUAGCUCUGUUGCCAUAGCUGCUACUUUAUUGUUUAAGAGGGGGGAGGGGGGACAGGCUGUGCUAUGUCCAAUUCUCCACCUCCAGAAAAAAAGGGGAGGGGUAAUCACCCUUAUGCCAUCCCUGUUCAGGACAAAAUUGCUCAGGUCAUGAAUGUUGUGGUUUUCCUCUGCCACGACUGAAUGCAUGAAAUUAAGAGGUUUAGAAGGGAAAGGAGAAGAGGGAGUUAAUUCAUACCAUAGUCAUCUUAAAAGAGAGAGAGAGAAUAUUAAGAUAUCCUGGAAGCUUGUUCGCAGCAAAGCUAAGGUUACAUUUGUGAAGGCUGAAGGGGUGAAGAGAGGGGAUGGGUCUAGCUUUCUUAGUCUGCCAUAAAAGAGGGGCUUUCUUUUCUUUCCCUCCUUGUGGGUGACUGGGGAGGGAGAGCUAUUGUUGGUGUUGACCUUGCUGAAAAGCCAUAAAUAUUUGCCUCCGCCCCCUCACCCCAACCCAUCCAUCCGCCUUCUGGUUUAUGGUGAAAGAGGACUCCGAGGCCAUGGAAAUAGGAGCAACAAGAAAGCCAAAUUCAUGGGCGUGCGUGUAAAAGAAGUGCCCCGUUUCUGCCUUAACAGGCGUUCGAUGCUACACAAGUAUUGACAACUGAAUUUUGGUAUAAUAUUUCUGCUUCGAAGAGAAACCUUUGGGGUUGAGGGUGGGACGACACUUUACCUUACAGGACUCUUUUUAAAAAAAAAUUGUGUUCUUGCCUUCCUGUUGCAGCCAGAAAGCACCCAAGGUGGUUUAAUUUCACCUUAACUUCUUCAGAGAGACUUGGGAGGCAGUGAAAGUGUUAAGCAUCUUCUCCCAGUUCUGAUUAUUUGAUCCCUGGCACCUCCAGUAUAAAAAGAAAGAAAGGAAAUCAUAUAGCAAGUGAAAUGAAGUACUUCUGCCCGAAACCCUGCAGAUUCGCUGCCAGUCAGAGUAGACAGUAUUGGCCCAGAUGGACAAAUAUCGUGGCCUGGAAUAAGGCAGAUUCCUUAUCAUGUUCGCAAUUUGGCUGUGCAAAAUCACGUUUCUUUCAUUUUGAUGCUGGAUAAGGUCCCCGCCACCCUUCCACACACACACUCGACAUCAAAAUGGCUGCUCUUUGGGGAAAGGCUGUGGCUCAUCUGCCUUGCAUGCAGCCGGUCCCAGGUUCAAAUCCUGGCGUGUCUAGGUAGGCCUGGGAAUAUUCCAUGUCCAAAAUCCUGGAAAGUUGCUUCUGGUCAGUGUAGUAGAUCAAUACCGAGCAAGAUUGCUUACAGUUCUGUGAUUCUAACUCUGUGAUCUGUAGAUCUGUGUGAGGAAUAAGGGUGUCCUAACAAAUCUCAAAGGGACGCGGGUGGCGCUGUGGGUUAAACCACAGAGCCUAGGACUUGCUGAUCAGAAGGUCGGCGGUUCGAAUCCCUGCGACGGGGUGAGCUCCUGUUGCUCGGUCCCUGCUCCUGCCAACCUAGCAGUUCGAAAGCACGUCAAAGUGCAAGUAGAUAAAUAGGUACCGCUCCGGCGGGAAGGUAAACGGCGUUUCCGUGUGCUACUCUGGUUCGCCAGAAGCAGUUUCGUCAUGCUGGCCACAUGACCCGGAAGCUGUCUGCGGACAAACGCUGGCUCCCUCGGCCUAUAGAGCGAGAUGAGCUUCGCAACCCCAGAGUCGGCCACGACUGGACCUAAUGGUCAGGGGUCCCUUUACCUUUAACAGCUCUCAGUGCCCUUUAACAAACUACAUUUCCCAGGAUUCUUUGCAGUGCGGGAGCCAUUACUGUUUCAAAGAGGUAUGAUACUGCUUUAAAUGCAUAGUGCAGAUGGGGCCUGGGCAGAACACUUGCCCUUGAUACCUGGAUUUCUUUAUGGAGGGAGGUUCUCGUAUGUAGGAACAUUCAAUUCUAUUAGCACCAUGUUCCCCACCACAAUCGGAACUUGGUCUUUGAUCUGCAGGCAUGCUGUGAUCUGUGUGCCACGCCAGAAGGACCAAGAAAAUGCAGGCCUGAAGGUUCCCAGAGCUAACCUUGAAUUAUUAUCUCCCUUCCCCCCCAACUUCAUAGGAUAUGCUCAGAGGGACAUUCAUGGGUCUUCUUCCUCACCUUUUAUCUACCUGGUGGAGUGUGAUGGCAUGCUAGUACCAGAUUGCAGGAGACAAGUUUCCCUCCUUGGGCUCUCCUGGCUCAGUGCAUCCUUGUUGGAUAGGAUAUACAACAGCAGAGAUAAUUCAGGGUUAAUUCUGUUUUUGGGUCUGCAUGUCAACCAGGAAGACAGUUGAGACUUGACAGUCGAUGGAGCAAGAGAGAAAAGUUGUUCUGAAGGUGGUUUACCUUGGGAUGUGUAGUCAAAUAUGUCUCCCUGUUCUCAACUGGGCCUUAGACUCAUAGAAUCAUAUAACUGUUGGGAAAGGGUCACCUAGUCCAACCCUCUCCAGUGCAGGUAUCUUAAAUAUGAUUCUUCCCAAGUUAUACCUUGCCCUUGUUCAAUUUGUCAUCAGUAAAGUAUUGUCAGUUUCUUUCUCCCCAUAACUACUUUAUUCUCUGCUCAUAUUCCUCACCACAACUGUGCUGUUCCUUGCCUUUCUCUCUGGCCCCGAUCCGCAACACUUCCAGAGGGCGAGGCCAAGCGAGGAGCAAGUUGCUGAUGCUUUUCCUUGGUCCUCUUGCUGCUUCUUCGAAGGCGAAGAGGCAGAAACAGUGAGGCCAAGAAACAUGAGCCGGCCCAGAAGGCUCCAUGGAUUGGCAGUGGGGCCCUUUUUGAGGCAUGGGCCUUGACAGGUGCCCAUGGAAGCACACCCCUAAUGCCCACCUUGUAGAAGCCACCCUGCUGGAGGCAAGGGCGCUGAUCAGUGCAAAAUUGUGCUUGGUUUCUGCAGGGCUUUCUGGCGAUGAAAUAUAAAGUUACUGCAUCAGCCAUCAAAGAGAAGUGCUUUCAGAAGUGCAGUUUAAAAAUGUAUAUAAAAGUGUAUAAACUUGGGACAAGGUGAUAAAAAGAAAGAAAGAAAAGAAGCGGGAAUUCUACCCAACGGAUAGCUCUGAUGUUCUGCAGCAGUAGCAAGCUCUCCAUGGAAUGGGGCUUGCUUUCCUUUCUCUCUCUCUCUCUUUAUUAUUUGGGGAGCCCAGAGCAGACAGUUUGCCAGCGAGACAGAUGUGGUUGGGCAACAACAAACAUCUAUUUCUAUAACUAGAAACAAAUUUAGUAAUUGCCUCUUUCAGUAGGACUUGAUCAAGCAGGAAAUGAAAUUCCUAAAUGGCAGUUAGCAGAAGUAUCCUAUAGCUAAACUAAAAAGAGAGAAGAGAGUGAAGCACGCUUUGUGGUCUCAUGAGUUUUGGGCGGCUUGGGGGCUGGGGAAGAAGACUGCCUUCCACAAACCAUGCAAGCAUAGCACCAGCCUCUUAUGGCAUUUUAUUUUAUUGCUAUUUAAUUGAAAGCAAAAAAAUAAAAAAACGUCCUUGACUUUGGAGAAUGGAUUCUGAUGCCUCGCUUACGGAUUCCAUGCACUGUUGAAGAGCUUCUGCCGGGGCUGUUAUUCCUUAUUUAUUUUAAGAAGUUACUCUACUGCAACAUGUCGGCAAAUUACAUCUGUGUUUCCUCUACUUAGCUGACCUCACCCUAAUAUUCUGAUCCUGCUUGGGGUAUUCCCUUUGUGCGUGAAGAGCUAUUAGGUGAUAGAAUUACCUGGAACAGUUCUCGAUGGCACAAACAUACUGGGUCUCGAACUGGUGACUUGAGCGACGUCCAAAAGGGGAUUUGGCAUGUGCUCCACCAACCCAGGGUUUGUUUUUUCAAAAUGGGCAACCAGAUACAAAAAGAACUCUUGGGGCAGUUAAAAAAUACAUGUCAUGCGAAACUUGUACAGUCAUACCUCAGCUCCCAAACACCUUGGGAGUCGAACGUUCUAGCUCCUGAAUGAUCGAAAACUGGAAGUGAGUUUUCCAGUUUUCAAAUGUUCUUUUGGAAGCCAAACAUCUGACGGGGCUUCCGAUUGGCCGCAGGAACUUCCUGCAGCCAAUCCAAAGCUGCGCUUUGGGAGUAGAACAUUUCAGAAGUUUAAUGGACUUCUGGAACGGAUUCUAUUUGACUUCCGAGGUACGACUGUACUAUCCUGGGUAAUGUGAAAAGUAAAAUAAGUGCUCCAGGCUCCGUUAGAACCCACAUGCCCCCUGGCCAAGAACAGACCUCCGUUGCUUCACUCUGCAGAGUAUUCACCAGUAUUUCUCAAGGAAAUGUAACACUCUCUUCAAGACAUCAAGGAUGUCAAAUGCCCAGUUCGGAAAUUUUUCUCCCACUCUUAUAGGCUUCUGAAUGCCUUGGGAUAUGAAAGCGCACGUGAAGAAAAUGUACAGAUGUCCUGUAGCAGCCUGUUCGAAAGUUUCCAUUUUUUAUUUUUAUUUUAAAAACCCUGCCAACACCUGGCUUUGGACAUAGGAGCAAACUUCAGGGAGGCAGCCAAGCAAGUCUCCUUGUACCUAUAAACUGAAGACUGUCACUUGAUGCUUCCUCCCUGACCCCUACAAUGCCUUCCAGGUAGGGCAUAUUUGCAGGAAAUGUAACUAGGAGACUUGCUCUUCUUGAGUGCAGACUUUCUGUGUCUUGUUCUGCCUUUAGUUGAAAAGGAGCCACAUCUGAGAGCAGGAUCUGUACUAAACUGACCGCAAGCCUCCAGCCCAAGGAUUGGCAGUCCAGCUUGGGUGAAAGAUUCCUGUAUUGCAGGGGGUUGGGCUAGAUCAGGGGUCACCAACCUAAGGCCCGUGGGCCACAAGAGGCCCAUGGGGGUCGUUUAACCGGCCCAUGGACCCCUGCCGCCCACUCAGGGACCCCCACCGCCCACUUGGUCGGCUCCUGUGCACCAUGCUAAACUGGCGCGAAGCAGAGAGUGGACCGCCAUCAGCAAUGCUGUCCGGCUUCCUAUUGGCUGCAGGAAGCUCCUGCAGCCAAUGGGAAUUUGUGCACGCCUCCUCCGCACCGGAAGGAGCGCCAGAAAUAGCGUUUGCGCAUGCUUGCCUGUGCACACACACUCCGGCCCACUACAGCGUCUGCAGGACCGUGAACUGGCCCAUGCCACAAAAACAUUGCCGACCCCUGGGCUAGAUGAUCCUCACUGCCCCUUCCAAUUCUACAAUUCUAUGGUUCUAGCUCUUUCUGAUGUCCCAGGCAGGCAGGAAGAAGUGUCUGAGCCUGUGGUGGGCUACCAUACAUGGCUGGUGGAUGGAAUUGUGCAUGAUUUUUUUUGUGUGUGUGUGUGUGGUAAAGGACUACUGGACAGUUAAGUCCAGUCGAAGGUGACAUUGGGGUUGUGGCGCUCAUCUUGCUUUCAGGCCGAGGGAGCCAGCAUUUGUCCACAGACAGCUUUCCAGGUCAUGUGGCCAGCAUGACUAAACCGCAUCUGGUGCAACGGAACACCGUGAUGGAAACCAGAGCGCCCGGAAACACCAUUUACCUUCCCGCCACAGUGGUACCUAUUUAUCUACUUGCACUGGCGUGCUUUCGAACUGCUAGGUUGGCAAGAGCUGGGACAGAGCAACGGGAGCUCAGACCACCAUUGCAGGGAUUCGAACCGCUGACCUUCUGAUCAGCAAGCCCAAAAAGCUCAGGGGUUUAGACCACAGCACCACCUGUGUCUCCAUGUUAUGGAGGGCUGGGCUACGUAUAAGGAACUUUUGAAGGUGCUCCUUGACCCAUCCCUACCAAUCCCUGAAUUUUAGGUCAGUCUUAAUGCUUCAUGUCUUGGCAUCUUUGCCUUGGGCUUCUGGCUUCUGGAAUCUCUCUUUGGUUUCGGCUUUGCAUUUCCUUUCUCUUCAAUGAAAAUUUUGCAUGAAGGGAGGGCUGGGGAAAAAACCCAACCAUUGUCAUUUACAAAUGACUGAACAUUCUUCCCCACCCAUCCCCUAACCGAAUCACUCCUGUUUUUAUAAUGGAAGUAUUUGCAAAACCGAAUACCAUAGCCUGACCUUUUGUCAUAGUAAAAUUUAUCACUGUUGUGGAGAGUCCAAACAGAUGUAUGUACGUGUGUGUCAGUGUGUAAACAUUAUGGAAAUGCGAAAGGUGGUGAGCCACAGACCUUGCAAACAGAACACUGAAGCUUUUUGCAGUCAUUUGAUCCAGAUAAAAUUGAUUGUUAUGCUAUGCACUGCUGCUCCUUGGUGGAUGAAUGAGUUGUGCUUAUGAUGGAUCAACAGAGUUGUCUGCAUUUUUGGACUUUCCUCAAGGGUAUCUAUUUUUAUUUUGUUAAAUUUGUAAGAUGACCUCCUGACCUGCACCACUGCUGCUGACCUUGAUGGUUGGGUGCAUGAAAAGCAGCGCUUAGAAAUUAGCCCAGCGCCAGGCACUUUGCACAACCAUUUUGCAGGAAAGCAAAAUGUCACUUGGGAAAGGAUUUGAAAUAUUUUCCUUGAAGCUUCAAUUUGUUUUAUUCUAGAUUGUUUUAUUUGAUGUUUUAAUGUGUUGGAAAUCACUUUGAGAUUUGUUCUUUAAAACAUAAAUUGAUAUAGAAAUAAUAAUAAUAAUUUAAUUAAUUCCACUUGCGGGGAGGAUAGCACCUAGACAUUCCAUUGUGGUUGCCACGUUUAAGGUGCCAUUUGAUGAUUUGAUUAUAUACCUGAGUUUCUAACAGUGCUGAAAAGUCUGGCAGUGUGUGUGUGUGUGUGUGUGUGUGUGUGAUCCCCCAAAGCAGGUUACUCCUCUAGACACCUUAAAGUAUUUUGGGUUGAACUGAAAGAACUGCGAGCAGAAGGAAAAUCGCCACCAAUGCUGUUCCACAAACACCUGCACAUGCAAGGUGUCUAUAAUAGCCAAUUCUCAUUGUCUGGUUGCACCACAAGCUGUGUGAGCACUUGUGCAAGUUCUCGCCAGAGCAGAGUAACGUUGGUGGAUUUAACUUUACUUUUCUUGGGCAACGUCGUAGUGAGAGACGUGAAAACAGCUCUUGCGCCAAUACAAGACUUUUUGCCUGCUUGCAAAAGGGUGUCCUUGGAUCUGACCCAUUUUGAUACUGCUUUGUGCUACUUAGCAUUGAAGCUGAGGAUAAAGGUGAAAUACUUGGCAGGCUAACGUUGACAUACAGUAGAUGUUGACUGCAAGAUCCAGAGGUUAGGAGACGGGAUCCCUGCCUGUCGUUCAUUCCUACAAAAAGCCACAUAGAUUUGAUUUCUGAUGUUGUGACGGUUGACUCUGCCACAGAUAUUCUUCCAUGGAAGAAAACCAUUACAGAAGGGACUGGCCUCCAUAGACUUUGUUUCAUUCAAUCGUCGAAUGCUCUUAGCAGUUACACUUACCUGCAGUGUGUGUGUCUUUCUGUUUCCUACUGCUGUUUAACAUUUCAGAAGUGCAGAACCGUCUGUGAACAUCAUAAUCCUCAAAGCACCCUAUACUUUGAAGUCACCCUAUUGAUGUAGCUGUGCUACCAUUAAAUAAGGACUUCCAAGAGUUGUGACCUAAGGGACUUGACCUCAAGUCAACUAUGGGGCAGGUAGCGAAAAUAAAGCAGGACCUUGGAAAAGGAAGAGAAGGUGCAUAGGACAGAACAGGAGAAGAGGCCAAGCAAUUAUGGGUUCCUAAUUGCACAGAGCCAACUUUUAAAUAUAUUUUGAGGCACGUUGCUUCUCCUCAUUCCCAGUACAGUGGUACCUUGGGUUACAGGCUCUUCAGGUUAUGUGAUUUCAGGUUGCACACUGCGCCAAACCCGGAAGUACCGGAACAGGUUACUUCUGGGUUUCCACGCAUGCACAGAAGGACCGAAUCGCGAUCCAUGCAUGCGCAGACGCAGUGCUGCGGGUUGCGAACGUGCCUCCUGCACGGAUCAUGUUCGCAACCCGAGGUUCCACUGUACUGGUCCUUUAAGGGCCUUUACAUUUCUGCUGCCUCUUUCAGUUUAUAUAAUAAAGAAAGCUGCUCAUUACAUUUUUAAACUUUUUGCCUCUUCCUUUUUGCACAUGUGAUGGGAUCGCAUGAUCAGCGCUGCUAGCAGAAGCUCUUAAGAGCUUGUUUGAUGUUCCACCACCGCCAAAGAAAAAAGAGAAAAAAGGAGGCGGGGGAGGAGAGAAACACCUGGGGUUGCAGCAGAGAAGGGAGCGAGAUCCGGUGCCACACAAGUGGAAAACUGAGAUUGAAAUAGAAUUGGGGACAGUUCUCGCCAGUGUUCACGUCCUCUUUUGUGAGUCACGCUACAAGUGCAGCUCUAAGGAUAUCAGAGGUGUUGAUUUUUGGGGGGUGCGGGUGGUGCUAAGCAACAUUCUAAAAAAGAAAAUACAGUGGUACCUCAGGUUAAGUACUUAAUCCGUUCCAGAGGUCCGUUCUUAACCUGAAACUGUUCUUAACCUGAAGCCUCACUUUAGCUAAUGGGGCCUCCCGCUGCUGCCGCGCCACCGGAGCCCGAUUUCUGUUCUCAUCCUGAAGCAAAGUUCUUAACCUGAAGCACUAUUUCUGGGUUAGCGGAGUCUGUAACCUGAAGCAUAUGUAACCUGAAGCAUAUGUAACCUGAGGUACCACUGUAAGGCAAUUUGAACUAUGAGGGCACUCACUGUGGAUUUCUGAAUUCUUUAAUUCCAAGACCUGGAAAAAACAGAUUGUAGCUGGGGAUGUGUUUGUGUGUAUCUCACUGAAAACAGAAAGAUAGCAAAGUUAGGGGGAAAGGUUCUAGUUCACUUCCUAGUUUUCUAUUUGCAGGAAGCAUGGGGGGGAGAGAGAGCAUUGAAAACAUGAAAAAUGACAACAAGCAGCUUAAACUACAACCCAAACAAACCUUGCCUGCCCACCUGCACCAGCGUUCUUGGUGGUAAUGGUCCCUUGUACGUGGGUGGCACUGUGGGUUAAACCACAGAGCCUAGGACUUGCCGAUCAGAAGGUCGGCGGUUCGAAUCCCCACAACAGGGUGAGCUCCCGUUGCUCGGUCCCAGCUCCUGCCAACCUAGCAGUUCGAAAGCAAGUCAAAGUGCAAGUAGAUAAAUAGGUAUCACUCCAGCGGGAAGGUAAACGGUGUUUCCGUGCGCUGCUCUGGUUCGCCAGAAGCAGCUUAGUCAUGCUGGCCACAUGACCCGGAAGCUGUACGCCGGCUCCCUUGGCCAAUAAAGCGAAAUGAGCGCCGCAACCCCAGAGUCGGCCAUGACUGGACCUAAGGGUCAGGGGUGCCUUUACCUUCACCUUUACCAUCUCAGAACUUCAUACGCACUCCCCGCCCCCCCGACACAGUCAAGGACACUUUCUUCCUUAUCAUCACUAGGAUUAAGACCAUGCAUCUAAAAUAAGGCCACAGCAAGCCCUGGCUUUUAGUUUUAGGCUUUGCUGCCCGUGACUAAUGCAACAGCAAAUGGUUGACCAAUAAUGUUUUCCGUCCGGCUUGCUUGAGAGGUAGUUACAACACAGAAACUUCUUCAGCCUAAGCCCUCUCUUAUGGUGGGUGGAGGCUGUGAGAUCUUUGGAAACAGCACAAUGUUUCAUUGCUCUGAUAAAAAAAAAUUGUACCGUGUUUGAAGACACCCUGAAAUUCUGCAGAAGCCUAUCAGGGAUUUCUUGAUGGCAAAACUGGCAGUAGUGGACCAAUGUUCCAGCUAGCCUGCAAUCACCAAUAUGACCCCUGAAAUGUGAAGUUGCAAGUGACUGUUAGCUGUGUUCUAAGCAAUGUUCUCUGUAUAAGUGGAAUAACAGAGGCCCUAGUCUGCCCCCCAGAAAAACCCUGCACCUUAGAACAUACAUACAUACAUACAUACAUAAUUUUCUUUGUAUGCCACCUUUCCACGGUUCACACCAUGCUCAAGGUAGCUUGCAACAUGGAAAAAGACCACGUAACUACAACAUAACGAAAGUAGCAAUAAACAACAAAUAAAACAUUUUAAAAAGGCACAAACAGACCAAACAAUUUCCACAUAGGUCAAAACAAGAUCUAAAAUUAAGAUACAAAACGAAAACAAAAGCCAGCAGCAACAACCCCACCCAACAAAACCCACUGAACAACUCAGCCCAGGAGCCUCUGCAGUUUGCAGUGCUGGAAUUCUGUGGUGAGCAUUGAGCGGAGUCAGUGGUGGAUAUAGAAGAGUUAGAAUUGGUGUAGUAAAGGUUCCCCGGGCGUGAAAAGUUUGAAAACCAAUGUCUCCGAGAGUUCAAGGUUUUGUUGUUAUCAGAGCAGCGCAACCAGUUCUGCUGCCGCACUAGGUGCUGAGCCUAGGGGACAUCACAGGGCAAUGCAACUAUGAUCUAGUCUCUAGUGAAUUGAACCUAACAGAAGGCGGGGGGGGGGGGACGACAACGACGACUGAAUUUUGGCCUCACACAGCGCACUGCCGAAAUCGGAAAGACCACGGCCGUCCCUGUUGUUAUCUAUCUCUCUCUCUAUCUCAUCUGUUGCAAAAUUCUAUGCUGAGUAACCAUUCACUGAGCAACUUCCUAAUGUUGUCUCCACAGAGUUCCAACGUUCAGCGUGGUAGGUAGAUGCCAAUGUGAGUAAUUUACAUGGCUUAUUCCAGUUGUGAAAUUGGCACCCGCUCUCGCCCUUCACCAACCUAGUGCUCUCGGUUAGGGCUGGUGGAAGUUGCAGUUUACUGAUGGACAACUGAAGGGCGCUUUCCCAAGAGAGCCAGUUUGGUGUAGUGGGUCAGAGUUCCUGGGCUAGGAACUGGGAGACCAGGGUUCAAAUUCCCACUCGGUCAUGAAAAUCACUGGGUGACCAUGGGCCAAUCACUCACUCUCAGCCUAACCUAGCUUUGUUGUGAGGAUGGCAUGGGGAUGAGAACUAUGUGACUCACCUUGAGAUCCUGGGAGGAAAGGUGGGAUAUAAAUGCAACAAAUAAAUAAGUUUGCCUAGAGCAGUUUUCUCCAAAUUUGGUGCCCUCUAGAUCAGUCGUCUCCAGAAUAUCUGGAAGGCACCAAGUUGGACUCAGCUUGACUCACAAAUGUUCCUGACCGAGCUUUUUGCUGCCAUGUAGUUUGUAUCUCUCCCACCCUGCAACUCAUGUAUAUUUUGUGAAUCUUCCUCUAAUCCUUUUCUCCCUCUGCUUUUCUCCCCUCUCUGCUAACUAUCCAGCAUAAUCUUUGGAAUUCAACACAGGUGUUUGUGCUUAGCUGAGAAGCUCUAGCAUUCAAGCUUACCCCCACCCCGGAUAGCUUCCAGCAAUGCAGUCAGCAAAGGGGGGGGGGAGGAAUCAUACUGAUGCUGAUUUAGGAUUACAUUCUGCAGAUACCUUUUGGAAAGAAACAUCCUCUGAGGGUGCACCAUUGGGAGGGGGAAACAGGACACUGCAGGUUUCUUCCUGGUUUUCUGUUUUGUCUCAUGGGAUGCUAUACAAGUCUGUGCAAAGUGCCGUUUGCAUCUGUGUUCCCAGAGAGACCAGGUUUUUUUCCUGUUCUUCACAAACACACACAUGUAUGCAUGGAUCUCAGCCAGUGUUGCCAGUUAGGGAAACUGCAUACCUCAUGCAGAACGGUAUCAUGGCAUUGUUAGAUGGUGAAAUGCCUUUUGAAUGGUUGUGUGGAAAUGCCUGGCAGUGUGAGAAAGCCGAAAGCCCAGUUGAAAACAUAUCCCAGUGGUCUGGAGUUAUGCUAAAUAAUAUUUAGAGCCCUGUGAAAAGUACAUAGAUCUGAAGGAGGAAGUUGGAAGAGUGAUAUUCUUUCUCACUUCCUCUUUCACCUCUGUUGUGUUUUUCAAGGCUCAUAUUAAUUAUUAUGUCCACACCCUUUGGAAAGGUGUGAAGAACGAACUUUGCAUGCAAUUUCUCUCUCCCUCUGCCUCUGCAGGGCAGAGGGCUUAUUCACACAAGGGAGAAAAGAAGACCACAGGGUUGGAGCUCGCGGCACUCACUCAAAAAUCCAAAUGUGCCUACAGGCCUAAAAAUGUUGGAGGCUCCUGUGCUAAGCCCUGAAAACCCAACGCUGUCCUUAUCAUCUCUAUAUGGCCUGAUCCUUUGUUUUUGCUGCUCCUUCCUACUAACUUCAUUGGCGUCCUGGACCCUGAUUGCUUUUUCUCGCUGCUCUUUCCCAAGCCAGUUAGAUCUGGUCUGCUGAUGAUAUAAUAAUUGGAGAAAUAGUUGCAGUUCCAUAACACCGCUACCCAGUUUCCAUUUCCUAUGCCCAGUUUUGCCCCCACCUUGCUAAAAUUUGGCCUUGCGAACACUGGGAAGUUGCUACAAAUUUCCAUAUUUAUUAGGCAAACCUCGUUCCUUGUAAAAAGUGAGUCAUUUCCUGGUUUUUCAAACCCUUUCCCCAGAUGAAAAUAGGCCGUGCUCGGUUUGUGUUAGGCAGGAAGACUCCUGGAGAGAGCAGAGCAAUGAGCCACACAGUGCAAACGGUUUGCUUCAGGGCCUGUGCGGUUGGCUGCAAGAACCCACUGAAAAUAUAAGGAAGGUGCAGACAUGUCUUCAGAGGAUGCCAGCAUGGUUAAUGGGCAGAGUCAGUGAAGCUACGGAAGGCAAGAAGCCUUGCUUUAAAAGGUGGGCAUCUUGCAUAAAUGAGAACAGAAAGAAACUCUGGCAAAACAACUGUGAAUUGACAAUAAGGCAAGCAAUUUUUGGAAGAGGAUUUAAUCAAUCAAUAAAAGCAAUCAAUUAAAAUGCCUUUACGUAUGUCAAACUGGGGACAGAGGCCAUCGGGCCAUGAGACAAGAAAGAUGUUUGAAGGAAUAGAGGGUGGCAGUGAAGAAGCCAAAUUAAUUUGUUGCAUCACUUUUCGCUGUGGGAGAUGCUCACUCCUGAACAACUUAUUUUGGAGAAGGCAUCUGAAGAACUAAGUCCAAUUGCAGUCACAUGGAGUGAAGUAUUAGGACUGACAAACCAAUUCACAAGUUUCUGAUAUGGGUAACACAUACCCAAGAGUUCUCAAAAGAACGCCAACAUGAGAUUAUCAAUUUGUUUGCUUGUUUCUUUAAAAACGCAGCUUGCUACUGACUUUACCACAAGGACUGGGAGGUAAAACAGUACAGUGGUACCUCUGGUUAAGAACUUAAUUCGUUCCGGAGGUCCGUUCUUAACCUGAAACUGUUCUUAAUCUGAGGUACCACUUUAGCUAAUGGGGCCUUCCGCCGCCGCCGUGCUGCUGCCGCACGAUUUCUGUUCUCAUCCUGAAGCAAAGUUCUUAAUCCGAGGUACUAUUUCUGGGUUAGCGGAGUCUGUAACCUGAAGCGUCUGUAACCUGAAGCAUCUGUAACCCGAGGUACCACUGUACAUGCAAGCCCGAUCCCAUUAUUGCGUACUCUUGCAGGUGCGAUAAAAUAGCAAAAAACUUAUACGUGCAUGCUGCCUUCUCAGUUGAUGUGCCUGCGUGGUGUGGAGGCUUUUUCAGUUUGUUCAUUUGGAGGGAAUGAAAGGAGUGACAGGAUCUGCUCCUGAGCUAGCUGUGUCCAUUAGGAUGGCUGUAGGGUGCCCUGCAUAUCUGAAAUACUAUAAUGGAUGUGUAUAAGUUGGUGGUGAGACUGCUGCUGAAAUCCUCCCCUAACCACAGACUGUACUAAUUCUUCCUGAACAGCCUGAAAAUGGCUGAAGUUCUUGGAUCAGGGAGACCUGGGCUGGGUUCUGAUCCAUAUUCCCAUGGUGCUGUGGACAGAACUGUAGCUCAGACUUAAAGCAGCUGCUGUUGACGGUCCCAGAUUCAAAUUUUGGCAUCUCUUGAGUAGGGCUGCGGAACUCCCCUUCCCAAGUUCCUUAGACGAAGGGCGAGAAGUAAUAUUUGAGAGCGAGAGGAACAUAUUUUGUCCAUUCUUUAUGUCUAUGAACGCUCGAUGGCUACAGCAUUUGAAAGCGCCUGGCUCCCCCUUGCAAAGUUAUUCCUUUAAAUGUCUGCUUCAAUUUGGCUUGCAAUUCUAAAGAAGCAGGUCCUCAUUCAAAUCAGGAGGAAACCUUGGCUAGGCUUGCGCUUGGAGCAGAGAUAAAUGAAAUUGCAUGCCCGGUGCAAGUCAGCCGCAUGGGGGUUGGUGGUGAGAAUGACAAUGAGUUUCUCUCUGCCUUGUCACACAGAUUGCAUUGACUAACAAGAUUAGAUUUUCAUAAAUUUGAGACACUCCCCCCUCCCUCAUAUCUUUGUGGGCAGCCAGGAGUCCAGACAUGGAUGUGUCUUGCACAUAUUUGGUUGUUAGCCAGUAAGGGUGUGUGUCUGAGAGAAGAGGGAGGAGAGAGAUUUAGUAGGGCAGAGCUUUUUUUUGCUUGCUUUUUUUUAUAAAAAAAAAAGAAGGAAAAAAAGAUGGUUCAUGGAAGAGUGCACAGGCUUCUAGGAAGUUUGGGUUUCUCUGGGUUUCCAGAAAUCCCCUGAUUAUUUAUUUAUUUUUGAAGUAAUUAAGGGAGCUAGCAUUGAAACAAACCAUUCCCUUCCAGUAUGUAGCUCGAAUAUUGAAACCUGGUAAUGAUCUCCAGAAUUUGAAAUGUAGCUACUCUUGCUUCUCUUCCAAAGGACCACGAAAUGGUCCACAAAACUUCUUAUGUGCAAGAAUACCAAAGUUUCCAAAGAUUCUAGAAUAACAAAAAACAGAUUAUAUUCUAAGACAUUUUUUUAAUAAUAAAAAUCAAAUUCUCAAAAUGUGAAAUAUAGGUUUCGUUUCCUAAUCUUUGCCAAAAUUCACCAAAAUUUGAACUUGAUAACAUUGGGGGGGGGGCAUUUUCCGUGCUAUUGUGCUGAUUCAGUGAACGUUCCCUGGUUUGUCAAACUGAGUUAGAGUAACUAUGUGCUUUUUGCAAGUCCUCUUAUGAGAUACUGUACAAUUAAACAGUGGUUGUGACGUUACAAAUACACGAUGAAAAAUUCUGUCUGCUGCAGCAUAUCCACUGUUUGAUACUGUCAAUACUGUUGAGAUGUUAAAUACCGUCAAAUGUUGGCUCCUUCUGCAUGUCAGCUCUCAGAAUCUUAUCAAAUGUGGACUGCCCUCAAAACAAAAGUUUGUUUCAGUUCUGGGAUAUUUUGUGUGCCAAGUGCUAAUGUUAAGUGGCAGUACCUAACUGGUACCCAUAAACCAAGGGCCACAUUCCCUUAUGGUCUGCCUUUCAGGGGGCCACAUAAUGGGCAGGCCAGAAGCAACAACGAGCAGAGCAACUAAAGGGAAUCUUUUAACCUUUAUAGGGUGAGCUAGUCCCCUAUGCACAUGUCUAUCCAGGCAAGCAAAGAAGUAUCUCUGGAGUUCAAGGACAGGCGCUCAAGGAGGGUGCCAAGCAAGGGGUGCAGCCUGGGAAGAGUCUUAAGGAUCAGACAGAGACGUCUGGAGACGUCGGCAGGGCCUGAGGUUUCCCAUCCCUGCCAUAAAACUUAAGAGUAUAUCCAGGUAACAUUUGCUGCCAGAAUCCACAAAGGGGAUUUUUGGAGAGCAAAUCCAUUUCAGUCCCAUUCAGUUUGCACUGCAUCCCCUACACACAAACGCAGAGAGACAGAGCUGUCAGACACUGCCCUCUUUCAUACAUCCCCAUUGCCAUUCCAACUGACCUUCUGCAGUGCAAAGCCCUUUUCUACUUGAGGAGACUCCCUGCAUGAUUUUAAAGCCUGGAGGUUCUUUAAUCAUGCAGAGAUCCUACCUGAGUUCAGCAGGCUUCCUUCCACAGCCACCAAUAAAUGGAGGGCUGUGGGACUGCAGAAGGGGCUCCUAGGAUGGAGAGGGUCCAAUGAGUUGGUCUCCAUUUCCCCCCUUCAACCAUCACUGCAUGGGUUUGAGAAUGCAGAACAACUGAAUAGGGCUAGGGCUAGUUAUUAUUAUUUUUUGCAUUAAUAAUUUUUGUAAAGUUGGGUCAUGCACACAUGCGAUGUUUCGUUUGUGCAUUGGCUCUUUCAUCAUUCUACCCAACACACCACUGGAGUUGUGAUCGGUAUGCUCUGCUGUUAGGUAAGAACCACAUUUUCCGCAAAAGGCCGCAUCAAGUCCCACUAGAAUAAGGUUUGGAACCAUAAUUGAGAAAACUGGCUAUUGCAAAAAAACAAAACACAAAACCAACUCCUGAGACAAUUUGUAGGCAUGCUGAAAACCCUCAGUGACCUGUCCCUAAGUUUUCACUCAGUCCUUGAAACUGAUAGCACUUAUGGGAGUGUGUGUGUGUGUGUGUGUGUGUGUGUGUGUGUGUGUGUGUUUAGUGGGGAUAUUUAUCUGUAAAAGCAAUCUACGCAUUGCUCCCUAUUCACGCUGCCCAGAUUCCCAAAGCGUCUGUGUUUGUCUAGACAGAAAAUACAAAGACGCAGGUUGUGUCACUCCAACACAGUGUCUGAACCUGCCUCUGAAAUGUAUGCAGGAGUAAAAAAAAUUAUGCUAAAUUAAAUUAGUGUGACCUUACUUUGCAUUUCGAAGCCACAUUUGUCCGUCGCGUAAAGCUUGGUGCAUCCAUCACUCUUCCCUGGGGAGAAUUACAAAGGGGGGAAAAUGGAAUGAGGUCUCCUCUAAUUGAAAAGUGACAAUGAUUAGGAAGCCAAAUACAAAAUGCAUAUAUACGAAAAAUACAUAAAUAGGCAUGAGCAGAAUGAUAAAUCUGUGUAGUUUGUUUCUGUUCCUCAAAUGAUUUUUUGGGGGGAGGCACUGUUAUUGGGUUACUAGCACUACUAUAGUAGUAAUAUAUUGAUCAGAGAGUAGAUUUUGAGGGGUUCCUCUCCCCAAACAGGUCUGACUAGCGGACUGAAUUGACCCAGUGAAUUCAACUCCUCUUUACGCCUUCUCAAAAACAAUACUUCGUGAACGUGAAAUGCAAGAAAAUAUAUCCAUGAGCUCCUUAAGCUUUCAUGUACCACUCUAUCCAAGUGAGAAGGGCCUCUUGUAUAGCAAAGGCCUCAAUAUGCCUGCUCUGUAUUUGCACUGAUUCUCAAUUAUAGAGGUGGAGACAGAGGGUCACUUUGGGGGGCGGGAAGGUGCCUGGUCUCCUGCAAGUUCUCAGCUUCUGAUGAAGCUCACCUGUGCGUGUGAGUUAAAAGCUAUUGAUGCAUAAGAUAUAGAAAAUGAACCCCUUCUCCCUGGUUGCAUGAUAAUUGCAUAACCCCAGUCAAAUGGAAGGAAGAAGAAGUGAAGGGGACAGAUACCCAAUGAUAACUCAGGGAUAGAAACUUGAUCACCCAAGGUUAUGGGUAUGAUGCUUAUCAGUGCUCCUAAGCCACCUGGACCUUCAAGGUGCCUCCUUGUAUGAUAGGGCUGGGCGAGCGACAUCUUUCUGUACCAUUAAGAUGAUUUAAUGACCUUUUAAUAAACUGAUUGAUUAGCUGGUAGUAUGUUUGUUUUCCCGUCUGAUUUAAUGGCUUUUGCAUUACGUGCUCCUGUAUUAGUUCAUUUGCCAACAUUUCUACUCUGAUCUUUUAACUCUAAAGGAGUUUCUAGGGCUGCUAAAUAUUAAAACCAACAAUUCCAAAACAAUAACCACCUCGGUAAAACAAAAGAACAGCAGGGCAUUUUAACAAUGUUAAAAACACUCUUUCAAACAUACCCACACACACCCAACAUACCAGUCAGAUUGAACAAUAUCAAAAUACCAAAAAUUUCUUGUCCAAAAAACAAAACAAAACCCCCAAACCAUCUUCAUCUAGUGCCCAAACAAUAAGUUGGUGCUAGGUGAACCUUCCUGAGGAUAGGGCACCAUCACUGAAAAGUCCCUGCCUGGGAAUCAGAUGGAAAUGGGACCUUAAGAAGGGAUUCAGAAGACUUUUUAGGGGUCCUGGCAGAAAAAAAUAGAGAGAGAGAAACAAACCAAUAUUUGUGUAUUCCCACCUCAUUUCCAGAUUCUAGGGAAAUGUACAUUCAAGCUGUGGGACUUGCCAGCUGCUAGGUCCCCAUAAUCAACUUAUAUUGACAUUGCUUAUUCUCUUUCAUAAGGCACAUAUUGCUCUUACUGUUACUAACGCUGACAAAUGUUUUGUGGGGGGAAAUACCUGGGAAUAUGCAUCUGAAAUUAGAUUAGUUCUCCUCUCCCCACUUUUCUUUCCCUUGACUUUCUUUUUGACAUUAAAAAAAGAGAGAGAGACCCAAGGUAAUGUACAAAUCACAUGUACGGCGUUACAAAUGUCAUCAACCGAAUGAACAAAACAGGCGCUUUUGUGGGAGCGGGGCAGAAAGAAUGCCUGGCCCUACUUUUGGAGGGGCAUUCUCUGCCCUGUGGUAAAUCUUAAAACACAGACUCCCCCCUCACUCACACACACACACCCUCAGCCCCACAUCCACACAUGCGUUGCGCAAAAUUGCAUCAGUGGGAACCCUUUUCUGCUCUGGAAGAGGAGCGCUCCUAAAACAGGGCUGGUGCAGGGAGGAAGAUUGCGGGGCAGGGGUUGUGCAGGACGGGGCUUGGGGCGGGCAGGGGGGGAGGCGAGCAAUUCCAUGGGCUCCUCUGUGAACUUCUCCGGGGCCCCCUGCGACUCUCCCACCGCAGAGCGGCCUCUUCUGGGGCUCGUGAUGUGACUGUCAAAAGCUGCUUGCUUGAACUCCACCCUUGAGGCUCCCUUGUCUGUCUGCCAGAGUGCUUAAAGCUGUCUAGGAUUCAGCCAACCGUACCCAGGGUGAAAGCAGUUAACACAAGGACAAGAGGAUUGCGCGCGCCCCCCCAAGCUGGGCUGCUCUUACCUUUAACCCCUUAUGGCUGCAGCCAAACAAAAAGGGCCCAGCGCCUCCUGCUUCCCCACCCCCCACCUCCUGGUUGUGUGGGGAAGGCUUUCUUUACAAAGGGAGCCCUUGAAUGCCCCUUUCUCGCCCCCCCAAACAUUCAAAUGAGGUGGAGGGCCUUGCGUCUGAUGGGCCUUUGUUGCUACCCUUCUCCCCCUCGCCCCCGCUGCCCCAACCUCCUUUUUUCUGGACAUGUAUCUCAUUACAAUACAAAGAAAAGCCCCCCUGCUCCUCUCCUCCACCCCUCAUUUUUUUUGGGGGGGGGGGAUUUAAAGGCCUCUGUUUAUUUACAGGCUCUCUAGACAAUUCCCUGUGGUGAGGAUUGAGAUGGUUGGGACAAUAUGCACGCCAUAUAUAUGUGUGUGUAUAUAUAUUUAUAUAUACAUACAUAUAUAUAUAUGCACGCUCUGCGCUCGCUGAAUGGAGAUUGGCGCUUUUUUCUCUCCCUUUCUGCUUCAAGCACCAAAAGCCAGCAAGAGUGGGAAGCAGCAGGGAGCCAGAGAGGAGAAUUUGGAUACUGUUGCUGGGUAAAUUUCUAUCCUCCAGCCCCCACUAAAAAUUUUUGGUUCCAAUGAAACUCUCGCUGGCAGCGAUUGCUCUCAUAGAUGUUGAAGGCAUUGUGGAAAACGGUAAAUAAGGCUGAGUUGAUGUGUGUGGUGCGUUAAGGUUGAGCUUAUUUAUCUUUUUUUGUUUAGUGGGGGGGUAUGCGGGAAAGGGCAAGCCACCCCGCAAAAUUUGGAAAGGAUGGGUGCAGAGGAAUGAUGGGGAGCAUGGCACGAUACCCAGUUGCUGGCCAUUUCUCUUACUGAUUUUCUUCUUUAAGUAAAGUGCCUCUCGGGUUUGUUGUAGGUUUUCUGAGUUCAAGGGUUUUGGCGAAGGACGAGUUUUGUCGGUUGCGUUUGACGUAUUGACUAGCAACCUUCCCUUGCAGAGAACAAGGACACUGUCAUCAAGAACCUUGGUUGAGUAAUCCCCAGGGUUGAUUGCUGCAGUGCUUUCUACGUGGGGCUGCCCUUGAAGACUGGCGUCAUAUUUAGGGGACUGGCUGCUGGCAGAAGUGGGUUGGCAGAAGGUGGCAGAAGUAACACACAAACACACCUUUUUUUUAUUCAGAACUGUGCUAGCCUCCUAAUGAUUCCCAAAUGCAGUUCAAGGUGUGUCUGAGUGGGAAUACAUCAGAGGUCCGUAAAAAUAGUGCAACUAGUUUACUUUAGACUUGGGAAGGGGGAGCAGAGCCCUUGAACUUGCCACAGAUCACCUGGUAGUGCCUGGGCAACAGAUGGAGCUACCUGAACUGCUCACAGUCUUUCCUCACUGUGGCGAGAUAGAUUGUGCUGCAUAUACAUACAAAUCGACAAGUGCAAAUUUUGUUCAAAUCUGCCUCCUUUUUUGUUUUGUUUUGUAAGUCUCAUAUAAGCCACCCCCCAUCAUCCCUUGUUUCUGGUAGACAGGCUUGCUUGUUUAUCACAUCUAUAUCCUGCUUUUCCUCCUAGGAGCUUAAGGCAGUGUGCAUGAUUCCCCCGCCAAACAUGGUUUUAUCCUCACAACAACCCUGAAUCUAGCUCCAAGCACCUUCCAGAGGUUCCCCUCACUGCGAGAAGCAAAGUUACAGGGAGCCAGGCAGAGGGCCUUCUCAGUAGUGGCACCCACCCUGUGGAAUGCCCUCCCAGCAGAUGUCAAGGAGAUAAAGAACUAUACAGUGGUACCUCAGGUUAAGUACUUAAUUCGUUCCGGAGGUCCGUACUUAACCUGAAACUGUUCUUAACCUGAAGCACCACUUUAGCUAAUGGGGCCUUUUGCUGCCGCCGCACCGCCGGAGCACGAUUUCUGUUCUCAUCCUGAAGCAAAGUUCUUAACCUGAAGCACUAUUUCUGGGUUAGUGGAGUCUGUAACCUGAAGCGUAUGUAACCUGAAGCGUAUGUAACCUGAGGUACCACUGUACAGCCUUUAGAAGACACCUGUAGAGAGAAGUUUACAAUGUUUUAAUGUUUUAUUAUGUUUUCCUAUAUGCUGGAAGUUGCCCAGAGUGGCUGGGGCAACCCAGACAGAUGGGCAGGGUACUAUUAUUAUUAUUAUUAUUAUUAGUAUUAGUCAGACAGCAACUGGCCCCAGAUCACCCAAUGGGCUUUAAGGCUGGUUUGAAACUGGGUCUCCGCAGUCCUAUGUAGCUUGACACUUUAACCAAGGACCACAUUCCUCUGUGGGUAAUCUGUGGAGGGCCAUAUGUUAAUAGUUGUAGGGCCAAAGCCAGUGGUAGAUGAGUCCACCAGUCCCCAGAGGCUGCUGGAGGUUCAGGAAAUUAGGUUGAGGGGUUCAGGUUGCCCACCAGUGCUCUUACACAGCUGGGUGGCCUAAACCUCACAAACUGAGCACAUCGCUGCAGCUCGAGGCUUUAUUCUUUCAUUCCUUUUUAUUUGGCCAGUCGCGUUGUGUAUUUUUUAAAAAGUUGUUUUAUUGCUGAAACGGGUUAUGGGAGAUCAUGGUUUUUAUACAGUUGCUGUUUUAUUGUUCUAAUUUGUAAGCUGAUUUGAGGUGUAUGCUAUGAUACGGAAAGCAGGUUGUAAAUAAAUAAUGUCAUAUCAUAAAAUAAUAUCAUAUCCUCCCCCUCCACUUCUCUCUCUCUCUCCCCACACACACACACACACACACACACACACACCACAUUUAGCUGACAAGGCCAGAUCAGGGAAUAUUGUUGAACCCGAACUAAUUAAUUCAAAGUUAAGCAAGCAAAUAAAAGUUUUUACAAGGGUCUGGUUCGUGGUUAUAGAAGUUCUUUGGGGCACCCUUGGGAAGAAAUGCAGGAAAUGUAAUACUGCGGGGAAUAUCUAGUGGUUGGCAGAGCAGCUGUGACUCUGCAGACUCUGCUCCAAGGUAACUGGCAGGACUGGGUGGUUUGCCUCACAUUUUGUUUGCUUAUGCUGGCGCUGAACCACGUGUGGAAGCCAGAAGGAACUCUCACCAAUCAUCUUAUCCCUUCCCUCCCACCUACCCCACUAAAUUCAGCACUUAGCAACUAAUUGCAUAAAAGAAAUUAUAGAAUCAUAGAACUAUAGAGUUGCAAGUGACCCUUAGAGUCAUCUAGCCUCCCUCCCAACUACCCGAUCCAAGGGCUUGCUCCUUUCUUGGCUAAAAACACCGUUGGAACUCAGAGCAGAUUUGGGAGAGAAGAACCCCCAUCUCUCCCCCCCCCUUUUUAAAGAAUCGUUUCCAUGGCUGCUUGUCUGUGAACAUAGUUUCGGAUGAAAACAGUCUGCAAUGGUGUUCGAUGCCUUCUCAAAAAGUGCUCCUCACCACCCCAUGCCAAUUUCUCCUUACCUGUUUAAGACACACCCAGCCUCCAGGUUUCAAAUCUUCUAAACACCUGGCUCUCUAAAUUCCCACUGCAUGGCAACUGGCUGCAGUGACUCAGCGACUUGAAGAGGAAGUGUGCUCUCUGGGCGUGCUUAUAUAGGGUUGCCAUAUUUCAAGAAGAAAAAAAUCCGGAAACAAAAGUUAUUCGGCUUUUUUUGGGGGGGGGUUGGCAUCAUAGUUUGAGCAUUUGGGGGCAAUUACCGUCUACCCCAAAGGAGAGCAAAGAGUGAUAUUCUAACACACACUUCCUUGUUCAGUGGGCAAAACCCCCAGACAUUUUGCUGAUUUCCCAAAAAAAUCCCCCAGAAGCUAAUUCCGCCGUUGAAAUUCCGGGAAAUUCCUGACGUAUGGCAACCCUAGCUUAUGUGUGCCAGAACAUGCGUGACACAAUCUCAUCUAAUAAUGAGAUGGAGUGGAGGCAGAGCAUAGCCAUCAUGCUUAGUAGCCAUGGAUAUAGCCUUAUUCCCCGUAAAUUUGUCUGAUCCUCUUUUAAAAGCCAUCCAGGGAGCUCUCUAAUUCAUUCCACAAACCCCUUUCAUCAUUUUACCCAAAUCCCAGAAAAAGGACCAGGUCAUUUCUUCCUCCUGCGUCCUGUGAUUUAAGCACGGCAUCUCACAAGCCACCCCAUCCUCCUAGUUUCCCAAGCAAGAAAAUGGUAAAGUUCAGCGCUAUUAUUCUCUUGCACCUGAGCUCGCAUAAGUGUAGGUAGAAGGCACUUGAUGUUCCCCUGGAUAAAAAUACACCAAGUGGGACGAAAUUUAUCCAUUACUCUGUUCCUGUGACUGCAGUUUGUUUUAACUGUUUUUAAUACUGAUUUUUGGAUUGCUUUAACCCACCCUGGGACUUGAUGAAGGGUGGGCUAUUAUACAUCAUUAGGUAGGUAGGUAGGUAGGUAGGUAGGUAGAUGAUAGAUAGAUAGAUAGAUAGAUAGAUAGAUAGAUGGAUGAUAGAUAGAGGGAGGGAGGGAGGGAGGGAGGGAGGUAGAUAGAUAGAUAGAUAGAUAGAUAGAUAGAUAGAUAGAUAGAUAGAUAGAUAGAUAGAUGCAUUCUCUUACAUGCCCUAGGCUCAUCUGGCCAUCACCUUCAAGCUGCCCUGAGUCUCUGGGAUAAGUUGUGAUGUUCACAGGGAUGGCCAAAGCAGAGGGGUGAAGUAUCAGUCAGUAGCCCUUUAUAACAGAGGGGAAAAGCUCACCCAAAGUCCGGGGACAGGAGAAGCCGUCUGUUCUGUUUGUUGGUGGGAGAGACAAGUGAGACGGGGAGAUCUGAAUUUCACACACGGGAUUAUUAUGAUUAUUAUUAUUAUUAUUCGCCCCCCACCUGCAACUUCUGUCCAAAUAGAAGUUUGGGGUGGGAGGGGUGAUUUGCAGUGGCCAUGCAAGGGAAAUUUACCUGUUUAAUGUAAUAAGGGGUCUCCCUAAGUAUCUGUUUUCUGAGCCCUGGCCCUGAUGAAUUUGUGGCUCCACUUUUUUCCAAGAAAGGUCCUAAGUCUGGCAAAUGUAGCCCAUGAGGGAAAGGCUGGCUCCUCCUUUCUGCCCAAAGCACAGGUGAGCAUUUUUCUCUUGCGUCCCCCCCCCCUUAAUCUCUUGGCCGGCAGACAGAAAAGCGAGCUAUGCAGGAAUGGCACUGUGCUGUCUGCCUGGGAUCGUACAUCCCUCCCUGGGCUAAGCUGUUUGGGAAUAAUAGUCUCUAUCAAAUGACUGUGUUGUGUCUCUGGGAUCAAAUUCUAUCCCUUCCAAAACCACGCCACCCUCCAAGCAAAGUGUGGGGAACUGUAUCCUCAAGCUCGUGGAGCUAUUCCUGCCGAAAGCUGCCUUCUCUCUCUCUCUCUUUCUCAAAUGAAGUUUUAACUAGUAGCCUGUUGUUGCUUGCUCUUGUUUAUUUGGUGGCUUGGAUUGCAUUUCUUCCUCUUCUCAACCCCCAGCCACCCCCCCUUUUUGUGUGCAAUACACUUUUGUGCCAACUCAAGCCAUUCAAGCUGCCACUGCCAGCUGGCUGAACUGAGCACUGAAUUAAAUUACGUCUGGAAGUCUGGUAUGCGGAUGCCACUGGGAAUGGUUUGGAAUCAGCGUAGGUUAAGAAAAGCCUGCGCGCUUUGUGUGUCUGUGUGUGUUUCUGUCAGCUGUGCGUCAGUCAAUGGGUUUGCUCAGCGUCAAUGGGAAGUUUGUGUCUGAGAAAUGCCAUGCGGGGUGGGGGGAGUUGGAGGGGGGGUCAGAAGGGGGUGCAAGGUAUGUUUCUCGAAACUUUAUGGCGGUUGCCCAAUGUUUCCCUGAAAGGUAUUUUAAAAACCUUUCUGCAGACUGGCUUUUUGGUAAGGCAGCAAGAUUGAAGCAGUUCAAAGCACACCUGUUUUCCUUUUCUUUUUUUAAGGACUAUUUUUGUUCUGGUGUGUUACAGUAAUAGCGGAUAGCAGAGCAAAGAUUAAAGGUGGGCUUUCCCUUCUGGCAGCAAAUAUGGCGCCCUUUGCUGAUUGCAUUCCAACUUGUCUUGCAAAAGCACCUAUAAUCAAGUUUCUGGCAAUAUGCAAUUUCCUUUAACUUGCCAAUGAUCUCUGCCAACUCCCAGGUUUUGGAGAGCUCUCAUAUUAGGUGUCCUCAGUGGACUCUCCUUCCUGAGUAGGUCUGUCUCCUCAGUGUUGUCUCCAAAAAUCCCCAAGGUGGGGCACCUUUUGACAACAGUCUUGCAGAUGACCAAUUAAUUUUAAAAAUUCUUUACCUGAUGUCUUGGCGGUGCUUGGAAAUGAACUAGUAAGUGCUCUCAACUGGUUCAGGUGAGACAAAGCACGGUUGCCAGAGGACACCUGACCUGCUUCCUCACCUGCCUUGAUUCCUGGUUGUUUCAGAAGACAAGAGUGGCACCUGCCUGUCAUUGCAAUCUAGGCAGAAGAUUUGUGGUGCUUUCUCUUGCACUGGAGUACCCAUGACGCAGUGUGAGACCUCCACAUACCUUCCAUACAAAUAACACUCUCCAUCAGAGCUCUUGAUGCGAAUCCAUGCAUUUCCUUUGAAAGAAAUUAAUUACACGUUGGCAGGCAGGAGCCUAUGCAAGCCCAGUUUGGCUGAAUGAUUGCUACUGCCCCAUUGAGCCCAGGGCAAGUCUCUGUAGGGCUCUAAGAAGCCAUGCACUAUGCCGACACUGCUUUCUGCAGCCUAGAUUGUUGCAGCUUAUGAAGAAAAGUUAGGGGCCACAGAACACAGUGUACAUCUUACUAGAUGCCCAUUGCUUAGUCACAGUGGUUAUUGUGUGUUGUAGAGAAACUGGCUUAUAAAUCUGCUGACUUUAGAGAUGGCAUGGAGUGUGCAGCUAACCAGUUUGGGCCAAUUUUUGUUUGUGGCAUAUUUAGUUUUAAGUGUUCAGUUUUCUUUUGCCUGGCUACGGAAUAACUGUACCAAAACUGAACUGACUGGAUCUUCUUGGAGCCAGGUUGUAACAUGGUUAGUAUGAACUACCACCACCCACCCCAGUCUUGAUUUGCAACCUGCUCUUAUUUUUAAGCUCCACUUCAGUUUUAGCCCAUGUUUUAAAUGAAUGAGCAAACGGUCAACGAUUCGCACACCCGUUUUUGGGUUGGGAGAGAUGGAUGCUCCAUCUUUCUCUUACUUUUGGACUGUUCUGUUCACUCAUGGGACUUCUUGGCUGGUGUUUGUAUCCCUUUUGCAUUGCAUCUCUUUCCCUUUAAGCGGAUGCCUGGUGUUGACAAAUGCCAAAUCCACCAUUAGAACCAUAGGAUGCUAUCUUGUGCCAAGUCCAGACAUUGGUCCACGUAGCUCAUUUCCAUCUUGCAGUAACUGGCAGUGGCUCAUCAGAGUUUUGCACAGGGGUGUUCCCCAGCCGUGCCUAGAGAAGGCAGAGAUGAGACCUUGUGUGCGCAAAAGCAUUUGCUCUACCACGGAGCUAUGGCUCUGCUGCAAAUGUUGGUGGCACCUGCACUUCUCUUCUUGCUUUGUGACACAGCAUCACUCAGUAGCUUUUUCUUGAUUUGGUGCCUUUUCAUCCCAGGAUCUCAAAAUAAGCGUGUUUUUUUCUUCUUGUCUCCUUUUUCCUGCAGCGGAGUUGGAGUUUGUACAGAUAAUCAUAAUCGUGGUGGUGAUGAUGGUCAUGGUGGUCGUCAUCACGUGUCUGCUGAAUCACUACAAACUCUCUGCACGGUCCUUCAUCAAUCGGCACAGUCAAGGACGGAGGAGAGAGGAGAACCUAUCAUCAGUAAGUAGCCCGUGUCUGCCUCCCCGAACUCUUUCCUGCUUCUCUGCCUGGUUCAUGUUGUUUGCUGUGCUCACCAGCUGACCCUGGGUGCUUUCAGAACAGCCAUGGUGGGAGGACAACAACAACAACAACAAAGACUUUAUUUGCGUAGCCAACAGGCCAUAGUAUCAAAGGACAGACACCGACAAAAGUACAUUACAAAUAUAGUUACCGUAUAAUCUUAUGGCCUAUUAAAACCCUAGGUAAAAGCUGGAUGGGAGGACUUUGACCUGGUUUUUACAUCCCGCCCAAUCUCACUUGGAGCGGUCCAUAUAUAAACAUACGUGGGCUGAUAGUCUUGCAAACUUUUCUAAUGUCCACCAGUGUGGCCAAUCUAUCUGGCAAUGGCGUCACAUGCAGCAGGGACCUGUGAUACUCCUAGAAAGUUUUAGCACCCAUAGGCUUGUCUGUGGCCUAAGAUCAGGCCUGUGGCCCUCCCCAGUUCUCCCAUGAUGCUUUGCUGUCUGUUCCCCCAGCUUAGUAGAGUAGAGGCAAAACUGUACUAUACUGUAUACUAGGGAAGUUGCAGCACUUCCCCCUACCCUACUCCUGUAUAAUAAUAAUAAUAAUAAUAAUAAUAAUAAUAAAUAUAUUUUUAUCCCACUGUUCUAGAGGAAAGCCCCCCAAGUUAGAUAGGUAACAAAACCCAAAGCAACAAUGCAUUAAGAUAACAGCUGAAAAAUCAUACUCUGCAGUAUAAUUCUUUUUAAAACGAUAAAUAUACAGGUAGCAGCAGCAGCACAUAAGUUCAGCGGUUCCCAAAAGUUUUCUGCCACAGACCGCUUGAAAAUUGCUGAGGGUUUUGGCCGAAUGCUUAAUGAUUUUUUGACCUGUGGUAGCAAUUGCAAGUCUACGGAAUUCAAACUGCCAUAGGAGACUAUAUGGCGGACAUAAGAAAAGAAGCCAUAAAAAUACAAUUAAAAACCAAUAUGAAUAUUCAGAGCAAUGGAUGUGUCAUCUCAAGAGGUUCCUCACCCCUGCUCUAGGCAAACCUGGUGCUGAAAUGUGCCUGCAAAGCUGUGCAUUCCUGGCUAGGGCAAUAUUUUGUUACUUUACAGCAGGCUAGACUAGGUGAAACCACCUAGUCUAGCCUGCGCAAUGGGUCGGAGGUGGUGCUGUGGUCUAAACCACCGAGCCUCUUGGGCUUGCCAAUUGGAAGGUCAUUGGUUUGAAUCCCCGUGACGGGCUGAGCUCCCGUUGCUCUGUCCCAGCUUCUGCCAGCCUAGCAGUUUGAAAGCACACCAGUGCAAAUAGAUAAAUAAGUACCACUGCGGCAGGAAGGUAAACGACGUUUCCAUGCGCUCUGGUUUCUCUCAUGGUGUCCCGGAAAGCUGUCUGUGGACAAACGCCGACUCCCUUGGCCUGAAAGCGAGAUGAGUGCCGCAACCCCAUUGUCGCCUUUGACUGGACUUAACCAUCCAGGGGUCCUUUACCUUUUACCUGACCUUGCUGCAAAUGGAGGUGGUAGACUGGGGCGAUACUGUGGCCUGCUGCAUUCCAAACAGCAAACAGGGAUUACCAUUUUUGAAAGCUCACUGAUAAUUACUCUGCAAGAUCAAACCAAGCACAUCAGGGAACAAAAAUACUAGUCUAUCCUGCACCCAGCUGUGUGGGGAAGUUUCCCCCUGACAUACACACGGUUUUUCAGCAUAUGCAAUCUAGCCACAGAAUAUGAUACUGAAGGAGCUUAUUUGUCAUGUGUCACUCCAAAGUGCAAAAUCUGAAAGUAAUGAAGGAGUUGCAACCUGGUUUCAGUUUCUCUCCUUUAAAUAAAGGCAGUGCCUGCUUAUGUUGGGUGCAGUCCUAUAAGGGGCAGCAAAGCUCCCCCUAGUGGGUAAAACCAAGAGCACAUGGCUUUGCAGCUCACAUUAUUUUAUUUAGGUGGAUGUAUAUAAACCUAAUGGGACGCGGGUGGCACUGUGGGUUAAACCACAGAGCCUAGGACUUGCCAAUCUGAAGGUUGGCGGUUCGAAUCCCCGCAACAGGGUGAGCUCCUGUUACUCGGUCCCAGCUCCUGCCAACCUAGCAGUUCGAAAGCAUGUCAAAGUGCAAGUAGAUAAAUAGGUACCGCUCCGGUGGGAAGGUAAAUGGAGUUUUUGUGCGCUGCUCUGGUUCGCCAGAAGCAGCUUAGUCAUGCUAGCCACAUGACCCGGAAGCUGUACGCCAGCUCCCUCGGCCAGUAAAGCGAGAUGAGCGCCACAACCCCAGAGGCGGUCACGACUGGACCUAAUGGUCAGGGGUCCCUUUACCUUUAUAUAAACCUAAAGUGUGAAUGAGUUGUGAAGUGUGAAUGCACCAUUCAAACACGCUUGUCAGGGAGACAUGACUGGCUGCAGCUCCUUCCUGAACAUAUGUUUGCCUCUGUGUAAUGUGCAAUGUGCCCCUUCGAACAAAUGUGUCGGCAGGGAGCUGUGUCCCUGUAGGUGUUGUUGGACUCCAAGUCCCAUCAGUUCCUGUUGCCAUGGCCAGUAAGUCUGGGAUGAUGGGAGUUGUAGUCCAGUAGCAUCUAGAGGUCCAAAGGUUAGCUGCUGCUGCUGCCGUAUUGCAUUUAGGAGCCUCACAUCCUUAUCUCUUCAGUUGGGUCAAAAAUCAAGUGUUGGGUGUUUAACAAUGAAAAUGAGCAUGGCAUCCAGAUGGACUACCAGGGUCUUAGGAGUCUAGCACCAUAGCUGACUGGGAAGUGGAGCAGCAGGGCCGGCCCUCCCAUUAGUCAAGAGAGGCAGGUGCUGAGGGACAGGGCUGUGUGUGGCCUGCCCGGCACCCACUGAGUUUACCCUGGUGUUCUCAGCUGCCUUGUUGCCAUUGUUGAAGAAAUCUUCGCCUGCAGGUUGGCUUGCCUUUUGUACAUGGAAGGUGGGGGAGACCGCCUUGCAUUGCAGCAGCGUAUCUUGGGCUGGUCCUGGGACGGUGGCAACAGAGAUCUGCAACCAGUAGCAGAGGCACAAAUGCCCUGGAAGUAUGAUUUUAGGCAGCCUUCAAAUAUCGUCUGCAGGGCACCAUGUUGGCUAAAGAAAGAAAACGAGGCAACCAGUUGCUUUGAGCACGGAUGGGCCCAGGAGGACCAUUUCUUUUCGAGCCCCCAAUCUCGAUUUCUGGGGCAUAAUUUUAUUUGAUAGACGAGACUAAAAAUCCAUUAAUAAAUGAAGAGGCAUUCUCUUGACCUUUUGCUUUUCAGCUGUGAAGAGUUUAAGGCUGGCUCUGGACAUUUUAAUCUGGAUCCGUUUGUCCAGAAUAAAAACAGUGUAAGGUUGUUGUAUGCAGUAGAAGGCAUAUGAUUAUCUUAAGAGUGAUGGGAGUAGAUGUUUCAAAGCAUCGGCUUUGGGGCUGCAGGACAGCUUGCCUCCAUCCACCUCUUUCCCCGCAGUAGUGUUCAGACGUCAGCCUGAAGACUUUGGAGCGGCAGAUGGCAUAAUGCAAUGACAUUGCCCACUGCUAAAUUAAAUAUAAACCAGUGAGCAUAAGGUGAUGAUACACUCACCACUUAGUAAAUAUGCCCUAUGGGAUGAUGAAAAAAUAAGCAUUUGUAUGUCUCGGAGUGAUUCGCUCCUCUGCCCAGUGUUGUAAACUGUUAUCAAGCAGACCGCUAAGCCAAGUGGAAUCCCAUGUGUGCAGCGCUGCCCUUGCGCAUAGCACACAGAUGCUGCUCUAAAGCAUUUGUCCUCAACUGAUGGUUUGGGAUCUGCUGCUGGGACACAGCCUGACCUAAGGUGGGUCACCACAGCAGCUCAACCACCAUACAAAUAUAGGGUAAAUAAAUAAAUUAGUGGGUUCCCGCAACGGCAUAUGCGGAUGAAAUCUGUUUGGCAAAGAUUAAGGAUGACUGCUCCAAGCGGCUGUUUGCAGCGAUUCCUUGCCCCCUUCUGAGCAACAGGUCCCACCCUCCCAUCUUGUAUGAAAAUUAAGUGUUGCCGUUCGGGGCCAGUUGCCAAUCCUGAUGAAAGGCUGGUACAAGCCAAAGUCCAGGGCUUGUGGCCACUUCUUAGGGCAAGCUAAUCCUUGAGCAUUAAAAGAUGCAACCAUAAAACCACAGUUGUUAGCAUCGGUUUAUCUUGAGAGACAACGAAGUGCACCUCCCGGGGGACAAGUCAAAUUGCUGGAGAAUCCCAGCGCCUGCCGUGGCUGCAAAGACCAGUAACUUGCUCCUCCCUCAUUGCUUUUGCUGUGUUAGCAGCACCAAAGUGACCUCUCUGGGGGCACAAGCCUGGACAGUGUGUAUGGAGGUCCUGGGCUGCCCAGACAAGACUCCUCUCUUGGCCUCAUUGAUGUGGUCCAAUGGAAAGCCGAGCAAGACGUCUGGCACCAGCUUGGCGGCAGGAGUUGUUGGAAGGAGGCGUACAAGGCGCCAUCCAACCGUCUUAGGGGCUGCACUCCAGAUUAGUGUAGGGUCUGCUCAUUAACCUUUUCUUCUCCCGAAGAUGUCCUGCAGUUACUACUACUAUAUAAGAGUGGGGAACCUCUGGCCUCCCAAAAUGUUGCUAGCCUCAACUCCCAUCUAACCCAAAGACCCCAGCCAGGGACUGUAGUCAACAGGUCCCCCAUCUCCAACCUAACCAUUCUAUGCAAAUUACAUGGAGUGUGGCUAAUUACUCAGAAACAAGCCCAUACUGGCUUCAGCAGAAUUUGCUCUCAAGUAAGGGUGCAAUUAGGGAUGUGGGUGGCACUGUGGGUUAAACCACAGAGCCUAGGGCUUGCCGAUCAGAAGGUCGGCGGUUCAAAUCCCCGCGACGGGGUGAGCUCCCGUUGCUCGGUCCCUGCUCCUGCCAACCUAGCAGUUCGAAAGCACGUCAAAGUGCAAGUAGAUAAAUAGGUACCGCUCCGGCAGGAAGGUAAACGGCGUUUCCGUGCACUCCUCUGGUUCUCCAGAAGCGGCUUAGUCAUGCUGUCCACAUGACCCGGAAGCUGUACGCCGGCUCCCUCGGCCAGUAAAGCGAGAUGAGCGCCACAACCCCAGAGUCAUCCGUGACUGGACCUAAUGGUCAGGGGUCCCUUUACCUUUAAGGGUGCAAUAGACCUGCCACUUUAGAGACCAAGUGAGGAACCAGGAAGUCCCCAUUUUAAGAGCGGUAGUCUCGUAAUCUGGGGAACCAGGUUCGCGUCUCCGCUCCUCCACAUGCAGCUGCUGGGUGACCUUGGGCCAGUCACACUUCUUUGAAGUCUCUCAGCCCCACUCACCUCACAGAGUGUUUGUUGUGGGGGAGGAAGGGAAAGGAGAAUGUUAGCCACUUUGAGACUCCUGAAGGGGAGUGAAAGGCGGGAUAUCAAAUCCAAACUCUUCUUCUUCUUCUUCUCUUAUCUCUGCCAUGGAACUCACUGUGGAGAUAACAGCACUACCCUGUCUUUGGAAGCGCUGCUGGAAGUGCAUAUUAAGUGCUUUGUAAAGCCUUUUCUUUAUUCCAAAUUUCCUUAUGCAACUGCUGCCCCUGGCAAGGGAAGUUGCAAUCUAGGUGGGUUGCGGUUUGCACCGUCUUUUUUUUUUUUAACUGGGAAAUCUCACCACAAGGUUUUUUAAAAAAUUUGGAUCUAUAAUUCUGCCAUGGUUGUUUGUUCUUUAAAUGAAACCUUACCAAGGAAGCGAGCGAGAGAGAAAGAACAAAACAGAAUAACAUUUCCCUGGAAGCGUAACAAUGCCCUUUUGAAUUUAUCUCUGUUGCUACCAUCUGGAGAUGCAUUUAUACGUGUGCCUCUAAUUUUUCUUUCGUGUGGUUUUUGUGCUUUCUGAUUUAAAAGUAGACCGUAAGAUCCAGGGGUACUUGACAAGUUCCCUAACUACACACAGCAGCCUCCUGAAAUAUGGCCGGUUUAUUAGUUACAUCACCCAAAUGGUGCAAGUCAAUUAAUAUUCCAUAUGAAACCGGCAUUGGUUAUCUUUCACUCCAGAGUAGCCUCGUAUCUUAUGUGUGACGUUUUUGAGACAAGAUUUCCUAUGAAAACAGAAGGAAGGGGGAAGCAUCUGGAGCAACAUCUCAUUUCCCUAUAAAUCACUUCUGGCCUCCUCUUCUGGUUGCAGCAUGCCUUGUCUGCAGAGCUGGGAACAAAAAUACAACAACGCAGAGUGGAUUUGUUAAGGGGUUGAGGACCCCCUUUUCAGCUCAAGGGCUGCAACCUCUGCGGUGGCAAUCCCUUGCAGGCUGCAUAGUAAUGGUUGGUGCAGCCAGAAGCAAAUGUGUGCAGAGCGAUGGAUCUGACUAUAAUAGGCCGCGCUCUGGUCACACGAAAGACCGAAGAUUCUUGAGCCACCUCCUGUGAAUUUCGCUUCUUCUGUUUAAUCCAUUCUUGCAUCCCCCUGCCCCCGUCCCCUGCCAAAAAGGAUUUUUGUGAAAAUAAAUAUUGCAUUGGGAUUUCUGGGCAACUUUCCCAUCACCUUUAAGAUGAUUUUGAUAGUAUUCCAUGGCCUCUGCUUCCAAGCAGGCUUCCCACCCCAAUCUGAUUUCUUUUUGACUGCUGGCAUUCCAAGGGGCAGCAAGCCAAAGCAAGGCGAAAUUGGAAUAGAUGGUUCAGCCAAUAAUUUAGAGGUGUCACCAGGCAAGCUAUGGUUCUCUCAACUUCUCUCUCCCAUGCAAACUCCUGCUACUUAAGAUACUGCCUGAUGGUUCAUGUAGUUCUGUAAUGCCUAUCUGCUUGCAGCAGAUUUUCAGUUUUUAAUCAUGAUCCUUUUGCAGCCCUAUCUGGCGAUGCUAAGGAUGGAUGGAACUUGGUACUACUCACAUGCAAAAUAGUGUGCUCUUCCAGUGAAAUACAGUACUUUCCCCAAUAUGAGGACCAUCUUAUUUAAAAGGAGGUUAUCAUAGUGCUCUUGCCUCCCAAGGCUGUUGUAAACAUCACUGACAUAAUGUGUUGUAGUUGUUUAGUCAUUUAGUCGUGUCCGACUCUUCGUGACCCCAUGGACCAGAGCACGCCAGGCACUCCUGUCUUCCACUGUCUCCCUCAGUUUGGUCAAACUCAUGCUGGUAGCUUCGAGAACACUGUCCAACCAUCUCGUCCUCUGUCGUCCCCUUCUCCUUGUGCCCUCCAUCUUUCCCAACAUCAGGGUCUUUUCCAGGGAGUCUUCUCUUCUCAUGAGGUGGCCAAAGUAUUGGAGCCUCAGCUUCAGGAUCUGUCCUUCCGGUGAGCACUCAGGGCUGAUUUCCUUCAGAAUGGAUGCGUUUGAUCUUCUUGCAGUCCAUGGGACUCUCAAGAGUCUCCUCCAGCACCAUAAUUCAAAAGCAUCAAUUCUUCGGCGAUCAGCCUUCUUUAUGGUCCAGCUCUCACUUCCAUACAUCACUACUGGGAAAACCAUAGCUUUAACUAUACGGACCUUUGUUGGCAAGGUGAUGUCUAAACUCUUGACAUUUGCACCCUGGCUUUGCCGCCUACCACUGGAAAGGCUGUGCCUCCUGUCUUUCAAGAAGAACACCCACUCUCGGCCUAACCUACCUCACAGGGAUGUUGUGAGAAUGAAAUAGGGGAGGAGAAGCAUACGGCAAAGGGGAGACCAACCUUGCCCUGUCAACUAACCACUGAAGAAGCAGCUGUUUUCUUCUUCCCUCCUCAGUCUUUUUCCAUUUGUAUCAUGCCUGUUAGAUUGCGAACAGGUUGUGAGCCAGCAGGUAGCAAUUCUGCUAUUUUUUUUCCCUUAUUCUUAUUAUUGUUUACAUAAUACAACCUUAAGUACAUCAUAAGUUUUCAUUCUUAUAUUUCUCUGACUUCCCAUAACCCUUGAUAAUAAUUUAUUUCUUAUACCCCGCCCAUCCAAGCUUCCUGAAACAGGCUGCCUUCAGAUGUCUGUGAGAAGUUAUAUAGUUGUUUAACUCUUUGACAUCUGCCGGGAGGGCGUUCCACAGGGCGGGUGCAGCUACCGAAAAGGCCUUCUGCCUGGUUCCCUGUAGUUUCACUUUUCCAGGCCUUAUAACCUGGAUAGCUCAGUUGGGAAGAGGGUGGUGCUGAUAAGGUUGCAGGUUUGAUCCCCGUACGGGACAGCUGCAUAUUCCUGUAUUGCAGGGGGUUGGACUGGAUGAUCCUCAGGGUCCCUUCCAACUCCCCGAUUCUGUGAUUCUAAUGAGGGAUCCUCCAGAAGGCCCUCAGAGCUGGGCCCCAGUGUUCAGGCUGAACGAUGGGGGUGGAGACGCUCCUUCGGAUCAUACAUGUGCAGCUCUUCGAAACUGUUAGGCUCUUUGGAAGUUGCCGUUGUUACUAGCAAUCGUUAAUAAGUUUGAGCAGGGUGGGGGAGCAGCGUUUCUCAGUAGGAAUUAUCCAACCUUUUCCUGUUCUUUCCCAUUUUAGGAAGGAAGCUUGUGGCCUUCAGAAAGCACAGUGUCGGGAAAUGGAGUAACAGAGGUAAGUAGCAUGGUGUCAGGGCUGGAGUCAGAGGCAAGUCAGCACAGUUGCCAGUGAAGUUUGCUCUUUAUGCAAGGAAUUUGCAUACAGUGGUACCUCGGGUUAAGAACUUAAUUAGUUCUGGAGGUCCGUUCUUAACCUGAAACCGUUCUUAACCUGAGGUACCACUUUAGCUAAUGGGGCCUCCUGCUGCCGCCACCACGUAAUUUCUGUUCUCACCCUGAGGUAAAGUUCUUAACCCGAGGUACUAUUUCUGGGUUAGCGGAGGCUGUAACCUGAAGCAUCUGUAACCCGAGGUACCACUGUAUUUCUCCGGGUAGUUCUGGGGAAAUCUUGCUGGACCUCCCAUCGUCCCUGAUGGCUGCCUAUGCUGGCUGGGGCCAAGGGGAAGGAAAAUCCAUGAUGUUUUUCGGUACAGUUGUACCUUGGAAGUUGAACAGAAUCUGUUCUGGAACGUUCACCUUCCAAAGUGUGGCUUCUGAUUGGCUGCAGGAAGCUCUUGCAGCCAAUCGGAAGCCGUGGAAGCCCCGUCGGAUGUUCAGCUUCCAAAAGAACGUUAAAAAACCGGAACACUCACUUCCGGUUUUCAAUUGUUCAGGAGCUGGAACGUUCGACUCCCGAGGGAUUUGGGAGCCGAGAUACGACUGUAUAGGCAUAGAUGAACCAACAACCUGGUUCCCUAUGAAUCAGCACCCUCUGUUCCUAUUGCAGAGUCUGUAACCUGAAGCGUCUGUAACCCGAGGUACCACUGUACAGCUAGCUCAGCAACCCUUCACAAUUCCCAACACAAUUCUUGCAGCUGCCAAGACUGAAGGUCCCCCCCUUCUACCCUGUCUAAGGCUCCACAUUUCCCAGAUGUUUCCCAAGCAGCCUCAAACUGUGUCUGUCCACCUCUGGUCUCUGUUCUGCCCUUCUUGUUCCCCAUGAUGUUCUUUGAGACCAGUAGGAGAGGGAGUCCUUGGGUUCUGCAGCAGCCUCUUUAUCUGUCUCCUCUGCUUCAGCCUCUGAGUCUGAACUGCUGCCUGUCACCGGCUCUCCCUGCUCACUAAACCCUGUUGCCCCUUCAGCACCCAGCCCCUCCUCCCAAUCUUCUCCCUCUGAUCUCUCCUCAUUGUCCUACCACCAACCCACUGGCUCUGAGCCUUCCCCCUCUGGGGGUUCCCCUGGGGCUUCCCACCACUCCCCUUCACCCAGCCUGUGCACGACACACAGUCAAAACUUAGCAGAGGCCAGAUUUUGUGGGCUCGCACAUGGAACGCGCCGCUUACGCCCGUCUCCCUUCUUGUCUCCAGCAGCAGGUCUACACGCCGAGGCCUACGGACCGGCUUGCCGUCCCGUCCUUCUUGCAAAGGGACCGCUUCAACAGAUUCCAGCCGACGUACCCUUACAUGCAGCACGAGAUCGACUUGCCGCCCACCAUCUCUCUGUCGGACGGGGAGGAGCCCCCGCCUUACCAGGGGCCGUGCACACUGCAGCUCCGAGACCCGGAGCAGCAAAUGGAACUCAACAGGGAGUCUGUCCGGGCGCCUCCCAACCGAACCAUCUUUGACAGCGACCUGAUAGACAGCUCGGUUUACGGGGGGCCCCGGCCCCCCAGCAGCAACUCUGGCAUCAGCGCCACCUGCUACGGGAGCAGCGGCCGGAUGGAAGGGCCGCCCCCCACGUACAGCGAGGUGAUUGGUCACUUCCCCGGCUCGACCUUUUACCAGCACCAACAGAACAGCGGCGGGGUGACCGCCAUACUGGAGGGAGGCAGGCUCCACCCUUCAUCGCAGUUCGGCAGCCUUGAGAGCACAACAAUGUGGAACAAAGAGAAAGAGAAGCAAAAAGGGCACCCCUUUUAAAAAAGAGCGAGAGAAAGAGAAUGAUAUUAAACACUCUGCACUUGUUAACCGGGGUGGGGUGGGGGGUCGGGGGGGGGGAGAUAUCGAGAGGCGGAGGCGCUGUGUAUGAAACCCAACGCCCGUCUCCAUAUAAAUAUUUACAUGUUUAUGUUUGGUCUCAAUGCACAAGCCAACCAAGCUUGCAAAACAUUUCUUUGUUGAGUUCUGUCUAGAAAGGUUUUUUGGGGGGGGGGGUAUGUGUUCUGUUUUGUUUUUUUAAGAGAAAAAUACCCAAUCCUUUUUCUCUGCACCCCCCCCCGCACCCCACCUGCCACCUUUUGCGCCUCCCCCAGCCCCCAUUUUGUUUCUAGUUGAGCUGCGUGUUUCGGCGCUACAAUAUUUUUGUUGUUGUUGUUUAUUUCACUUAACUUUAAAAGACAAAAAUAUUUGCACAAAAACAUUUGUUUAAAGAUCUGCAAUAUAUAUAUAUAUAUAUAAAUAUAAAUAUAAAUAUAUAUUAAAAAAAUAAGAGAAACUGUAUGUGUGUUGGGGAAGCAGGUAUUUUUAUAUUAGAAGAGACUAUUGAUGAGGGGGGAAAGAAGAAAAAAAGUUUUUGUUGUGUUUUUUUCUGAACUAGAAUUAAAAAAAAAUGGCAAUUUUUGUGAGGCAACUCAAAAGAGCAUGUAUUACAUUGUAAAAAAAAGCGAAACAAAAAACAAACAAAAAAAGCAGGGGUUUAGAGUUAUUUAUAUAAAUGUUGAAAUUUUGCACUAUUUUUUAAUAUAAAUGUGUCAGUGCUUGUGUUGGUCUAAAGCCUCUUAUCACAUCUACCACAAAACUGUUAAGGGAAACAUGUUUAUAACAGGGCAAUUCUGUAUGCUUCUACUCAGAAGUAAGCUCCACUGAGUUGAAUGGGACUUACUCCCAGGUAAAUGUGUAUAGGGUUGCAGCGGAAGUAAGGACUAAAAAAGAGAAAUUGAGGGAGGGAAUGCCUGUAAAACUAAAGCCACAGACCAGUAAGGAACAUCAUGUGAAGACUGCAUCUUGUACAUUUUCCUACUUUCCUAUUUUUGCUCUCCAUAGUCACUCGACCACGUCUCAAACCUGAUCAUCACAUCUAUGAUGCCUGACUACAGGUGUCAUCAAGAUACCUGACUGCAGAAUGUGCACGGAACUGUAUCCGUUCUGAAGGGUGUUUAAUGCAUGUGUAUAAACUACCCUUUCUUUUCUGGUAUGGUAUGAUUUCGACUUAAAAGGAAAGAGGUCAUUUAUACAUUCAUGUAUACAUCUUUCAAAAUUGGACACAGUUUCCCUUCUUUUUGCACUCAGGUGUCUGUUCCCAGGGAUGUUAAGUCAGCGCAAGAUUCCACUCUUGUACAUUCCCUUGGAAAUAAAGACUUUUUAAAAGAAAAAAUCAACAAAUAAAAUAUUGACUGUGCAUUUGUUUGGCCAUUUAUGGUUAUUGGAAGCAUGGCAAAAAAAUAUAUUUUUAAAAAACAAAGUUUGGAGCUUGCCCUGACAAAGCGUUAGCUCUGCAUGAUUUCACGGUUGCCCUGGUACAAGAUUUGUCUGGCUCUCAUUGAUAUGGAGAUAGCUACACAUAUUGUACAGGCCCUGCCGGCAAAUGCAGAACUAAGGCCAAAAUUUAAAAGGGUGGGGAACCCCUGCUUUGAGCAAUGCUAAGAAGAGCGCAGACAUCGUGUUCUUUAAACAGAGUUUUGCAAAGCCAAGACCUUGAGAGAGCAAUUUAAACGGCCCCUUCUACUGCUACCGUCUCACUAACUUCAGGAUGACUAUAAAAGCAUAAGUGGUCGCUAAAAUGCCUUCUUUUUAGUGAUCAGGUGAUGACUUCUAAUUGUUGGGGUUAUUUCCCCUGCCCCCCAAACCAAUCUGGCUCUCUUUGUCAGUUAAGGCAAUAAAAGCAGGGCGAUCCCACAGACCUGCCUUAUGGAUCAGUUGUUUAUAAUGCUCUGGUUUGGGACAGCUCCAUUUUCCAUAAAGUUUUUGAAUAAACUCUUAAAAGAAGGUUGACCAGAUGGGGAAGGAUAAGGUCCCUGUGCACUUAACACUUGUGUAAAUGAAGAGGAGGGCCGAACAGGUGCAGUUUGCUCUGUCGGGGCAAGAAUAUGGGUCCAUUGACACCCCUUCUGUUUACACAAGUAUUAACAUUGCAAGAGUCUUGUCUUCCUUUGCUCCCAGUUUUUUGGGCCUGCAGAACCACCCACUCGCCCCAAGCCAAAUGCCACUCCCCAGCUAUGUGGUGAUCCAAGCGUAUAAAAACUCUCAGCUGGUUUCCUCGACCAUGGGUAGGCAAACGAAGGCCCGGGGGCCGGAUCUGGCCCAAUCGGCUUCUAAAUCCAGUCCGCGGACGGUCCAGGAAUCAGCGUGUUUUUACAUGAGUAGAAUGUGUGCUUUUUAAAAAAAGGCAUCUCGUGAGUUAUUUGUGGGGCAUAGGAAUUCGUUCAUUCCACACACACACACCCAAAAAAUAUAGUCCGGCCCCCCACAAGGUCUGAGGGACAGUGGACUGGCCCUCUAUCCAUGUGCCCCACCUGCAGACAGAAAGAUGAGGGCAGCCAUUUUGGCAGGCCUUGCUCAGCUUCCUCUAGUCAUUAACUGUGCUUUAUUUAUUCUAGAUAAAUUGGUUCUGAUUUGGGCCGGGGCUGGGAGUGGGUCGUGGACAAAUGUAGAUGGAAAAAUGUUGACUCCUGUGAUGUAUUAAAGGCUAAAGAGUUGUGCUUAAUGCUUGAGAAGCAAAACUUUUACCUCUUCCGAAAGUUGGCCUUCGCUCAAAACCUAACCAUUGCAACAUCCUUCUGUGUCAAGGUUCUGCUCGCUAAUCCUCCUUCGAAACAGCUCAUGUCAUCAUUAUCUUUUCUUUUCGAGUGUUGUCUCGUUCUCUUGUUUCAUAAAGCAUUUUGUCUUACAACGCUAUUGUUUACAUUUUUUUAUAUUGUAUAAAAAAAAGACCUGAUCAGUUGCUUUAACCUUCAUGGUGAAUUUGUACGUUGACUGUGCGAGAGAGUGAGAGUGAGAGACGUAAAUUAUGGAGAGAAAGAGGAAGAAAUAGAUGCAUGUAUAAGGGAACAAAACGCUUUUUUCCUAUCUUGUGCGUAGAUUUUAAUCUAUUGCUGCAAAGGUUGCCAACUCUACGGAAACAAACCAGCCUGGCCUGUUCUUCUGUCUUUAACAGUAGCACGAUGGUGAGAAAUUAGCAAGUGGAGCUUUCCUCCCCGCCCCCAAACUCUACGGAGACACAAACAUGAUCAUUGUCAUGUCUGGUUUAGCAGUGGCUAUUAGGCACGACACGUAGUAUGCUACUAAAUAUCAGUUGAUGCCUUCACAUCGUGCUUGGAGGCAUCUAAUUUGGUCACUUUGGGAAGCUGGACGAGGCGGAACAGGUUCUGCUCUUUUGGUCUCGUGUUCUUAGCUGCUGAUAAAGGCACAGCUGCAAUGGCCAGUUGAAAAGUUGGCAACCUUCACGCCUACACAGUUCCACCAAGCUGGGAGGAAUGCAAGAGCUCCGUGUUGGAGUAAUAGGGAAUGGUUAGAAGAGGGAACUGUACCAAGUGACCAUUUUUUAUUUUGUUUUUUACAAGGAGGUGUAAUUUUGCUUUCUGCCAGAUGCUAACUAGUAAGGUAACAUAAAUGAAAGAUAUAAAGGCAAUAACUCUUGUUUUUAUGCGACUUUUCUAUUACUUGAAGAAGAAAAAAGAAGGGGGGGAGGAAACAGCAAUCCUGCAGCCAACCAGAGAACAGUUUUUAAAGUUCUGACCAUUUGCAACACUAUUUAUAUAUAUUUUAAAAAGGACAAUAGAGACAACUAAGAGAUGAACUUGAAGUUUUCACCAUUUUUAAGGAAUUUUUGUGCUUUUUUUGUUUUUGCCUAGCGAUAGGUUCCUGGACCUUUAUUAUUAUUAUUAUUAUUAUUAUUAUUAUUAUUAUUAUUAUUUACAGCAUUGUAACCUGCCUUUCCCACCCAUAGUUCCUUGACGAUAGCUUUAUGACACCUGCGAUUUACCUUUUUUUUUUUAUAAAGUGAACUAAAAGGAAUAAAUAUCGCUUCCUACGAAAGGUACAAAGUAUAUGAAUUUAUAGAAGUUCUUUUUUAAAAAAGAAAAAAAGUAUCUUUCCUUUAUGUAACAUGUCUAUUUAGUGCCUUAUUAAAAAGAAAACAGUAAACCUCCCUUUCUGAAGAAAUAAAUUAGAAAAGGGGGGGGGGAGAGGGAGGAAUCCAAUCAUUGCUAGUGAUAGGAAACUCCCAGGGUUUGGUCACUUCCCUUUUUUAGAUCCCUGGUUUCCCUAGUUACUUGUUUUUUCUGAAAGGGGGGGUACCACUUCUUUGAACUUGUACCCGUGACCCCCCCCCCAAGACCCAGUCUGAUGUGCCUAGCUGCUUAAGGUGCUCCCUUCCUGUCGUCUUCUGCCGCCUCUUUCCUUGGGACUGUUUGUGAGGUAACUUGAAAUACAUUGUAUGCACAUAUCCUACUCCAGUAGGUAUUAAAACUGUGGUGGAUAUUGCAAACCGAGAAUACCAACCAAAAGACGAAACCGAAAUAUAUAUAUAUAUAUCUGCCGCCCUCUUGAGCCAAAACGAGUGACUAGUAACGUUCUGUGUCUUUUAAUUGUUUGUUGGUCGUCGUCAUUAUUUUUUCUUCUCCGUUCUAUGGUCUUAACUAGUGUGUUUGCUACAGAAAGAAAGAAAAAGAAAAAGAGAGAGAUAACAAAACAGAAACAAAAACGCUUACCUCAAUAGCUUUUGGGUGAAUGUGCGUCACAUAUCUGAAAACUCUUUGCUGUAUCACCGGGGUUGGUGGUUGUUAAAUGUCCUCGCAGUGCCUUGUAUAAAAUGGGAGGAGUCUGCUAUCAGAGGGGGUGCAGUGGUGGGUAGGGGGGCAGGAGGCCCACUGCUGAACUCCACCUUCAGCUGCUUGGUUCUUGCUGCUUUUACUCCUUGCCGUGUAACUGUCCUACACCUGACCUACACCAAGUAGGAGCAGUAGGGAUGAGUUGCAGCUGCCCCACUAGCCUUGCCCCUCUAUCUCCAAGCGGCCGGGUGGUCCGGUCCCAAAGGAAGAAGACAAACAGGGUCAGCAGUGACAUUGGUGAGGAGGAGACCCCUGUUGGGGGAGGCCCACUGCCCAAAAUCCUCUGUUCCACCCUUCCAAAACAAACCAACAAAAACCCUAGAGCUGGCACUGGGCUGCCAACUUUGUUCCUGGCUUUGCUCCUCUGCUUUUAACAAAAGGCUGGCGUGCAUCCACAAAGGGAGAGGCUUUCCCACAAUGCUCCACCCUCUUCCCUGCCUUUGUUAACUUACAACACAACACUUCUGUUGUCCACUCCCAUCCCUCUUUCCACCAGUCUCUGCCUGACCAAAAUAGCCGUGUGUGUGUGUGUGUGUGUGUGUGUGUGUGUGUGUUUAAUGCCAUCAUCCCUCUUAAGCUAAUCAACUUGUUGAAUGGCCAGUUGUAGUUAUGAAAGAUAGUAUUGGUCUAAGCAGGAGCCACUGGGAGAACUCCUUUUAAAACCAUGGCGCUGAUGGAGAGUGGUUUGAUUCCUCCCCAUUCCUGCUCCUUAAUACCAGCAAAGGAAAUGAUAUCCCCCCCGCCCCGUUUGCCCUUUGUUGCUAUUAAGAUGCAGACGGAUGUGUGCUUAUCCCAAGCCUCCAGGCAUUCAUGUACAUAGCGGACAUCAAUGAUGUUGACAACUCAUCAACUUUGAUCUAAUGUUGCCACCUUUUACCUACCAGGGCUCCUGUGCCUUUCCAGCCUGGGUGGAAGGCAGAAAGACACGCAAGCAAACGUUUUUCCCCUGAUAGCACUUCCAUCCCAGGAAAAAGGUGUGCUUGUUGAGCUUCUGCCAGAAGUGAAGUUGUUACAGACCCAGGAGCCCCUCUAGGAGGAAAACGUGGCAACCUUAAGUGAAUUGUGCCAAUAGGAACUCAGAUACAGUGGUGCCCCGCAAGACGAAUG